AUGAUGCCGGUGAGCGGCGGCGGGGCUGUGAGGGAGGCGGGCGGGCUUCUCUCCCUCUCUCGGGCGGGAUAAUCCUCCCGUCCGUCUGUCUGUCCCGGCGGAAAGGGCGGCCAAAGGCAGGCGGCUCUCGAGUAAAAGGGAAAAAACCACCUCAUGUGCUCCCGCCUCCUCGCCUUUCCUUCGAUCCCGAGCGGGGAGAUCUCAGGAACGGCUCCCUUCCUCCCUCGCCUAUCCCAGGAAACGGUACAAAACGCACGCCGGGGAGGGAUCCUGUCAAGCCCUCUUUUCGCGAUCGGAGCCAGGCUGAGAGGAGGAUUUAAGCUGCAAAGGGGGAAACGAAAAAGCCUAAUCCGUAAUGAUUAUGGCUAGCACUGGGUUGUGGGGCCGGCGCUGUUGAAAAUAACGACAGGAAGGUUGAUUUGUGUUUUUUUUUUGGUCGCCCUUUUGUGGGUUGAUUGACGCUGUCAUUGUUGUUGGUAGAGGAGGAAGGGGGAGCGUAAUCCAGGGAAAGAACUGCGAGGUGUGUUUGCUUCCUGGCCUUAUGGGUCGGGCAUUGUUUUGUGUCAGCCUCCUGCCUCUGAAUGGGCACCGCAGAAGCACCUGGAGGUAGAAGGCAAUAAAAAGAGCACGAACAGGCUGCAAUCCGAUGCGCACUUGUGUGUAAGAUCCACUGGGUCUCGGAAUACCUGCGCCUUAGUUUUCGUGCCCGCUUGCUUUUGAGUAAAGCCCCACCGAAUACAGUCGGGUUUGAUGAUUUCCAAGGAAAGAUGCAUAUGGCCGGGCUGCGGAGUUCCCUGUUAACCCUUCUUUGCAUCACUGCUAUUUCUUUAUUUAAAAUGUGCGAUCUGCCCCCCCCCCCCGCCCGGGAUAUGCAUCUAUAGUUGCUGCUUGCGUUUUCCACUGCUCAUCUCGGCAUCAGUGAAUAUAGGCUUGCUUUGUUGCUUUGACUUUUAUUGCAUUGGCAGGAUAUUUUAUUUUAAAAUGGUUGUUUCUCUGAUGGCUCGCUUUGUUGUAAAUUUAUUUCGAUUCUUUGGGGAAAUGCUUCAUAUUAAUAUGUGGUUUAUUUAUAGCUAGUUCUUAAUGUUGAUUAGUGAAUUAUUCAUUUGUUCGAUUUGGAAGAUUAUUUUGCCUCAAUUGCUCCCCAGCGUUUAAAGAAAAGGAAACUUGGAGGAAAUCUUCUAAAUCGGAAAUUCCAAAAUCAUUCACCCUGCUAAAACUAAAUACUGCGGGGAUUCCCACCCUUAACCAUAUGAAAGUGAGAUAAUGCUUGGAUAUGAGAAAAUAAGAAAGAGUAAGAAGUGAAUUAGGAUUUAUUAUUAUUAUUUCUUCAUGCUGAGAAGAACACAGGAAGUAGUAUAAAGGGGGUUUGUCUGUUGCAGUGGUAAUGUGUGGCUUAAAAUGCCCCUUUUGUCAUACAUUGUAAGACAAGUACACAUUCUCUCCCCUUUGUUGGAAAUUUUUAAAAAAUGGUCUGUUAAAAUUGGCAAAAAUAGAGUCACUGGAAUGAAUGGAUUUACAGAAUUUGCUUAUGAUCUAGGCCUCUGAAGUGGAACACGUAUACAUGCAUGUAAUCUUACAGACUUUAGCUGCAGUCCAUUAAGCAGUUCCUUUGGAAGAGUAUCUCCCAUGACUUACUCGCCAUAUUCCAGUAUCGGUGUUCUGGGGAUUUCAUCCCAUGAGAUGUAAACCAUGAUAGUGUGUGUAGUUCUUCUAGUAUGCUCAUGUAAUAGCCUUUGUCAAGGCUGUAGCUUAUGAAUUUAAGAUGAUUGUAUAUGUUGUUAGGAGGGAACUGUAAAACAGGCACAGUCAGUUUUACAGGCAUAGCAUGCAACCUGAAACAUGGCUUGCAUUUUCUGUUUCUGGAUUGUAUGUAUUUUAAUUCAUAACUCUUAAAACAGUGUUUCAGUUAUUAUUUUGCUUUUUGUUUUAAUCUAGUGAUUCAUUAGUGCCUAUAUUUUUUAUUCAUUUUAUUUUUUUGUCAUAUGAGACUGCAGUAACAGCAAUGACUUUUGAAUGUUACUUCAUGUACCUUUCAGAAACAUUUUAGUAACAAUGAUCCCUCUGUAAAUCUGAUACUUCAUACAAUUACUGCAUUUCCAGUUACAUUUUGUUCAAUCUAAGUACAGUACUAGAUACCACCCUGGGGUCCUUUGGGAGGAUGAGUGGAAUAUUAAGUAAAUAAAAUAAAUAAAUAAAUGAAACAGGAUUUGUUUUCCUUCCAUGGCAUGAAGUAGUAAAGGGAUUUUCUUGAUUUUUGUUUGAUUUUGUAUCUGUCAUAAUGCAGAAGAUUAUGCAUAGAAAGAGUAAAAUACUUAUAGUGACUCUGAGUCCUGACCUUCAGCACCAGGAUGCUCCUGUUCUUGGCUUCAGCAUAAAUUGCAUAUAUACAGAAGUAUGUCCAAUUGUCUGAUACCUCGCGUUGUGAAUGAGGAGCUCAGUACAAGCAGAGUUACUUUGAAUUGACCACAGCAGCUUUGAGCCUAUGGCAGCUAUCCACAAACCACUUAAAAUAAUUUAAUCCUACUCAAGCCACGGUGGCAAAGCUUUAUUAAGUGCGUACAUUUAUGUUCUGUAAUAAAAAGGCCAGUAUCAUUGGGUAUUGCAGUUGUUAGGGGUAAUACACAUAUGCACUUAGGAGCCCCCUCAAAGUUGUGUUGUACCACAUAGACAUUUGCAUUGCUGCAUUACUGGGUGGGGUGGGAGGAUUAAAGGGUUGAACUGUACAGAGUAUCUCCCCUCUCCUACUAUUGCAUCACAGACCCACAGACUCAUUUCAGUGUGGUGGAGCAGCUUUUCCUUUCAAAGCUGGUUUACUACCAGCAGUCUGGCCAGCUGUAGCUUUCUCUAGCUUAGUCUCUCCCACCACCCUCAAUUGCAGCAUUUUCCCAGUUCCUUGCCCUUACAGACUUUAAGACUGGAGGAUUCACAUUGAGUGGGACAGGAAACUGGAAGAGCCUGGCAGGAGCAGAACUGUGAUGUUUGAGAGCCAAUGUGGUGUAAUGGUUUGAGUGAUGGACUAUGAUGUAGGAGACCAGGGUUCAAAUUCCCACUCAGCCAUGAAGCUCACUGGGUGACCUUGGACCAGUCACCAUCUCUUAGUCUAACCUAUCUCAUAGGGUUGUUGUGUGGAUGAAAUGGAGAGGAGGAGACCCAUGUACACCACCUUGGAAGCUAAAGCUCACUUGGAAGAUAAAGGUGGUAUAUAAAUGUAAUAAAAAUGUUGAAUGAAAUGAAAACCUGAACAGGAGCUGUGAUGGGUAUGAGAUUUUCAGAAGCAGGGAGCUCAGUUAAAUCGAAAGUCCAAUUCUGUCCCAGUCCUUUCUCACCUAUGCUGUGACUGUGGCCAUGUUGGAAAGCAUUGGAGCACUAAAAACAAUAUAUGGAUAAACCCAAAGAGAUAAAUGUAAUUUUGUAGAAUACUGUUUUGAAGUGAUAUUGGUAAAAUUGAUCAGAACUAUAUUGGUGAGGUCCUUGUGGUUGUGCCUUAUUGAUUUUUAUUUUUUUAGCAUAUAUGGUAGAUGAAAUAUAAUUGUCAAUUGCUACUCUAGCAGCAUGCCAAGAAUGGAAGCUAGAAGGUGGAGUUAUGCUGAUGCAGGGUGGGAUUGUGAUCAGUAAGCUUGUGGGAGGAACUGAAGAGUCUGCAACUGGAGACACCACUGAGUGGGGAAGACCUGCCUCUGGGCACAAACACUGGAGUUGUCAGGAGAGGGGCAAUAUUAGUUUACAUCUAGUAGGACUGUGAAUGCUUUCCAUUUGCUUAAAUGGAGAAAAUAAAGGGUUUGUUCCUAUUACAGAAAAACAAAGAACUGGUGUUGGGGAAACCAGCACCUUUGGCACUAUUCUCCAAAAGACUCCGCAUUGCACAUGCACCCACUGGUUAUGUUAACAGGCAUCCUAAUAGAGUAAAUAAUUGUUUUUUUAUGUAUGCAUAUACAUGUAUUUUUAAAAACACUCCUCUGUUGUCAUCAUGCCCCAGCAUUACAUUUUUGUCAUGCUAGAUUGUGACAAAGGAGAGCUGUUGGAACUCUGUAUAGAAUACACAAAUCCACAGUGCCUUCCUUCCCCAUUCCCUUUUAUUAUCUCUGUUUUUGCUCAUUUCCCCUUCACAAUCCAUCACUCCUCACUCCUCUGUCUCAUUGCUUCUCCUCUUAUGUGUGGGAAAGACCCUCUAAGGUAGCAUCAGCUUAUUUUAGGGCAAGAUCCUGUAUACCUGAAGGAGCGUCUCCACCCUCAUCAUUCAGUCCGGACACUGAGAUCCAGCACCGAGGGCCUUCUGGCGGUUCCCUCAUUGCGAGAAGUGAGGUUACAGGGAAUCAGGCAGAGGGCCUUCUCGAUAGUGGCGCCCGCCCUGUGGAACGCCUGCCCUUCAGAUGUGAAGGAAAUAAGCAGCUAUCCUAUCUUUAAAAGACAUCUGAAGGCAGCCCUGUUUAGGGAAGUUUUUAAUAUUUAAUGCUGUAUUGUUUUUAAUACUCUAUUGGGAGCCACCCAGAGUGGCUGGGGAAACUCAGCCAGAUGGGCAGGGUAUAAAUAAUAAAUUAUUAUUAUUAUUAUUAUUAUAUAAGAUAAGAUCCUAAACAAUAUGGAACCAUUGAGUUGGUGCCAUGUUGUCCAAUAUACUGUCUUGAAUUUGAUAUUACAGUAUCUUAAAUCAAAAUAGAAUUUUGCAACUGUAGGCAAAACAUAUCAAGGACUUGAUCAUGUGAUCACUGCAGUAAGUUUGUUUACUACCAGUUGCUAGGGAGCAUAAGUGGGCAAGCACUGUUGCAUUCAUGUCUUGCUUGUGAAUAACUUCCCAAAGGCUUCUGCAUGGCGUCUGUGGGAACAGGAUGCUGGGCUAGAUGAACUAUCAGGGCUCUUUUUAUGUUCUUGCUAUAACAGUACCUGUUGAAUUUCAGAGCACUAAAUGUAAUUCUUUUGGCCUUUCCAAUAUAAUAUGGUGGUGUUCAUGAGAAACUUUUGGAAAUCGUUUUUUGUUGUUAAAAUAAAAUUGCUAUUGACAGUCUCAGCCAUUUCCCCAUAUGUUGAGUAGAAAGCAGAAGCAAUACUAUUUUGGAUUAAGUUUGCAUUGCUAUUUUACCCAACUCUUGGGAAACCCUAAAAUCUAUUAUUCUAACCUACUUGGUUCUAGGGGAUGUCCUUGAAAACAGUCUUUAGUUUUGAGGUCCAAAUUUUAACAAGAAUGUUCACAAGCUAGAGAAGAUUUGGAAGGCAUUAAUAUAAUGGGUUUCAAAUUGAAUACACACCCGUAAUAGAAGGCAGUGCACUGACUUCCUUUUGAACUGAGAGGGUUGGGGGUGGGGGGAGAAUUACAAGACUGGUAAAAAUAAAAGACACAAACACGUUAGUCAGAAACAGUCCUUUUUGAACUGAGGGGGUUGAAAAAAGAAUUACAAGGUACAAAAAUGUUAGAAACAGUGGCAUAAUAUAAGUCUAAACAAAUUUGUUGCAGUAAGAUAAGUAAUAUUUCUGAGCUAUUACUUUUUCAAAAUGACCCCUUUGACUGUAAGAGUGGCAGGACAAUAAAAGUACGGUAAUUGCUAAGGGAAGGUGUGAAUGAGUAUUCCUUCAAGAGGCCUGACAUAUUUUUUUAUCAGCCAUAUUCUGUGGAUGGUAAUUGAUUUAUGCUUUGGGGCAGUAUUGCCUAUUAGGCAGUAUACUAUGUAUUUUGCCCUACCAAAACAUGGAUUCAGGUAUCCAAGAUUCUGGGGUUGUAAUUAUGCAAAUACCUAGUAAGCCUAAAUCUACAGCAGGGUGACACUUUUAUUAGGACCAACUAAAAUGGCAAAAAAUAAUGAGCCAGCUUUCAAGUUCUGCAGAGCUCUUUGUCAGACACAAUAUUAAACAGUGUGUGUAUGUGUGUAAGUUGGGAGUGGUAUAGUUGCUCCUCAAGUCUGCAAUUUAUAACUAUCUUAAAGAGGAUCCAAGGAGGAGUGUUGUAGGCAUAAUUGGAUUAGACUCUGGAGAUACAAGACAGCAUGUAAUGCUUCUAUUUUGGGGCUUUCAAAUAAUUUAACCCUUUUUUGCCAUUUGUAGUUGUAGGCGGCAGCUUACUUUUUGAAUUUUUUUUUUUUAAAGAAAGGUACUGAUUUUUCUGUGGGUUUAGAAUAUUUUAUGUAUUACUGUUAAGUUUGUUUUAUACUGUAUUAUCCUAUUUUUUCUGCCUUUGAGAAGCUUUCUAAAAGCUUGGAUAUUAAUUUAUUACAUAAUAAAAAUACGAAAGCAAGACAGAGACCUGUAUUCAUGAGGCAGAGAGUGAGAUGGGGCCAGUGAAGAUGUAAUACAGUGUACCUCGGGUUGCAUACGCUCAGUGGCGUAGCGUGAGGGGUGCAGGGGGGACCGGCCGCACCGGGCGCAACAUCUGGGGGUUAGGGUUAGGGGGCGCAAAUCCACGGGUUAGGGGGCGCAAAUUACUUGCCUUGCCCCGGGUGCUGACAACCCACGCUACGCCACUGCAUACGCUUCAGGUUACAUACGCUUCAGGUUACAGACUCUGCUAACCCAGAAAUAUUACCUCAGGUUAAGAACUUUGCUUCAGGAUGAGAACAGAAAUCAUGCUCCAGCGGCGUGGCGACAGUUUAAGGCCCCAUUAGCUAAAGUGGCGCUUCAGGUUAAGAACAGUUUCAGGUUCAGAAUGGACCUCCGGAACGAAUUAAGUACUUAACCCGAGGUACCACUGUACUACCAACGUCUUAAGCCUUGUUAGUAGAUUGGAAGCAGGCUUCCUUCCCAAAUACCUGUCCCUUACCAGCUUUAACCACAGUUAAGUGUGGGUCAGCACUGAUAUUCAUGGUAACUAAUGCAAACUAGAGUGGAACUAAACAUUUCAAGGGCGACACUACAUUUCAUUUUCUAACCCAUGUGCUUGUCUAACCCUGUGCUUGUCACAUGAGUAUAGUGGUGGGGACACUACCAGGGGGAAAUUGGCAGGUCCAAGAGGAGGGGGAGAAAAUAGACACUUGCAUGUGCAUAUGAGGCAUAUUUUUUCACAUAUGCAGUGGCAUUUUAAUAUAUUUUCAGUCUUCUUCCGGGAAAAAAAGAAUGGGUUAGCAGCAAUGCCUUCCACGAGUCAUACAUGGAGUUACACAGUCUUAGGAAUCUUUUUGUGAUAUCUUCAGCCAUUGAAGCAUAACUGUCUGUCUAUAAGAAAUAAAGGUAAAGUGUUUUGCUUGUGCAACCAGACAUACCUUAGUUGCCUAUAAAUAAAUAUUUCAUGAGCUGUUUCAAAGGUAGCAAGACUAAGCCCAAAGUUUCUUACCUGUCCAGUUAGUUAGGCACUUCAGAAUAAAGUAAUGGGAGUUACCUAUUCAGUUCUACAAUUUACUUCAUGGUUCUGAAAGAAACAUGAAUGCACCAAUAAAAUAAGAUGCAGCUCCAUUGUGUCCCCAUCUCAUAAGAGCAUAAGGGUAGCUAGAUUAUUUAUUUAUUAAAAAUUAUAUCCUGCUUUUCAUCACAUAUGGGUCAAAAAGAAACUUAAACAAUAAAAUUAUAUAAUACAUUUUUGGAGUAAGAGUGGAAGUGACUAAUUAGCUGUCAGAAGGCAAAAGUAGGUGCACAAACUGGAAAUGGCUAAUGAUGGGUGUAAUUACAAAUGCAUGAAUCUUUGGCUUAAUUAAGGCACCUGUUCAUAACAUAAAUUAGGGAUCCCUUCUAUCGUGGGUGUAUAGCAGGCUUCCUCAAACUCGGCCCUCCAGAUGUUUUGAGACUACAGUUUCCAUCAUCCCUGACCACUGGUCCUGCUAGCUAGGGAUCAUGGGAGUUGUAGGCCAAAAACAUCUGAAGGGCCGAGUUUGAGGAAGCCUGGUGUAGAGAGCCAAUAUAGAACUAAACUUGAUUAUGUCCAGGCUCUGGAGUUAGCAUUGUUAGGCAAAGAGCCUUUGAUCUGAGCUUCAGGGCAUUGCACAAAAAGGGGGUUGUCCAAACUAGGUAGUUAGACAAGAUAUCAGUUGGAAAGGAAGCAUGAUGCAAGCAGGCUGGAGCCAAAUGCAAGAAAGAGUAACAAGCCAGAUAAGAAAGCCUAAAUUGUUGUCCAGAUAAAGUCCUAUCAUAAUCUGGAAGCAUUUAUAGCUGGGUGGUCAUAAGUCAAAUCAAUGCACUAUCUAAGGGGUGGAGCGAUACUGGAGCCUGAAGGGAAUAGUACUGCCCCAUAGCUUUCCACUGUGCAGGCUUCAGUGGCCAAUAAUAAUGGACAUCAGCAUGCAAAAUCACAAGCUCCUGUUUGAUCCCAUGACCCCUUUCUGACCAUAAUUCCCCUUUUACUUGAGCAGAGCACUUGAGACUCAUUCACAUGUAUUUAUCCUGAGAUGGCAAACCCUUAUCUUGCUUCACUCUAUAAUUUGCUUAUAGUAUCAAGGGAUUACACAAGGACUUAAGUGAGUUGACAUUGAAGUAGUGAUAUAUAGAAGUUUUUGUCUUUUCUUAGUUUGCAUAACUGACGAGGUAUGCAACAUGACCUCAGGUAUGUAAAGGUGGAUGAAAUUCAGGAAGCAUAUAUAGUUGAAAAUCUCCUAUUCUGGCAUGCAACAAUUGCUGAUUCACCGUAACAAUCUUGAGUUAACAAUCACUGAAAUAACUUCAAGUAUUCCUGUUUGUGUAAAUAAGCCUUUAGUGAUUGUGUCCUAUGGUUAAUUAUCUAAGAAUAAUAAUAAAAGGAGAUUCAGAAUUUAUAUGCUGCAGAUUUACUGUAUGUGAAUUACUUAAACGUAGUUUGAGGUGUAGCACCAAUAUAUGAAAUAUUAGGUUUAAAAUAUCCUUCUCCAUGGUUACCAGACCUCAGUUCUAAUUCCAUAGACUGUUUCAACCAUGAGUGUGAUAACUAGCGCUUGGACUCAAACCCAAUAACAUUUUUCAUUUGGUAUGAUUUGCUGUCAUGCUGUGCUGAAGGCACUAGUGUAAGUGUCUUGAGCCAUUGCUUAAAUAAACCAUGAAAUCCAUCUCAACAUGUUUCUCUGAAUGACUUAGAAGAUUUGCAGCUUCAUUUGCUCCUUUAUAUAUCUGCUUUGCCUUUUUAUUUUAUGGCUAUUUUGUAAGUACAAUUUUAGAUUCCUUGAUGCAGAAAAAGACUAUAGUAGGGGAUGAAAUCUCUGUGGUGAGUGCAUGUACAUCUUUGUUAAAGAGAACUGUGUGAAUACAAAGUAUUUGUGCAUGUAUAUUUUACUGGGUUGGAAACCAUAGGUGCAAAUCCUGCACUUAUUAACUGUGUAAUCUUUUCUAUCUAUCUAUCUAGUCUGAAGUAAGCACCACUGAUUUCAGUGUAACUUACUUUUAGGUAAGUAUACUUGUAGUCUUAGAUACACAUUCAAGUGAGGAUAUGCAGUCUAUCCAUACUUCUUUGGUUUGAUUCAAGUGCAGAGUCUGAUGUGCAUUUAAAUUAAAAUUGCAUCCUUGUGCUGGUUUGUUUUUGUUUUUUUGUUUGCUGCAUUGUGUAUGACCAGAGUUGGAUUAGGGCCAGUAUGCUCUAAGCAAAGAAAAUAAAAAAAAAUACUUGGUGGCUGACUUGGGUAUUUGAACCGCAUCUUGUUUGCUAUCAUUUUGAACAGAAAGCCAUUGUCUUGACUAUGUUUGGGGAAAAGUUUGGGCUAGCAUAAAGCCAGCUACCUUUGGUAAAUAUCAUGUGGUUCUACUUUCGGAAGUGAGAGGAAGCAUUUUGUGGUUUUGUAUCUUUCAGCCAUUAACAGAUCAAUUAGUGUAUCUUUCUAGAACUGCUUUCUAAAUUUUAUAUGUUCUUAUUUCCAAAACUUAAUCUUAGCUGUACAUUAACAGAGUAGCCCUAUACAUGUUUUUCUAGAAGUCCUAUUGAAUUCAUUGGGACUUACUCCCAUAUAAAAUGUGUACAGGAUUACAUCCUAACUAAAUGCCUUUGCAUUUCAUGUUCCAAAGUGAGGAGAGAGUAGGAAAAUAAAACUUUAUUGCUUGCAUAAAAUAAGUAGAACUUGACAUGAAGUAAAAUGAAAGAUGUGCUGUACUAAUCAUUUACAGUCUUGUACUGUUUUUACUUAUUUACAGUCUUGUACUGUUUUUAUAAGGGUGGCGCUGUGGGUUAAACCACAGAGCCUAGGACUUGCCGAUCAGAAGGUCAGCGGUUCGAAUCCCCGUGACAGGGUGAGCUCCUGUUGCUCGGUCCCAGCUCCUGCCCACCUAGCAGUUUGAAAGCACGUCAAAGUGCAAGUAGAUAAAUAGGUACUGCUCCGGCGGGAAGGUAAACAGCAUUUCCGUGUGCUGCUCUGGUUCGCCAGAAGCGGCUUAGUCAUGCUGGCCACAUGACCCGGAAGCUGUCUGCGGACAAACGCCGGCUCCUCGGCCUAUAGAGCGAGAUGAGCGCUGCAACCCCAGAGUUGGUCACAACUGGACCUAAUGGCCAGGGGUCCCUUUACCUUUACCUUUACUGUUUUUAUAGCACCACCCUCAGUGUAGAUCUGGUUUUUGAGUGAGAUCUAUAGACAUUGCAAGCCUAUCCCACCACAAAAAACCCUACAUUAAAGUGCUUCUAAAUCGUUACAUUUUUCAAAGCCUGCUUGAAGCUGCUUAAGAAGGAGAAAUGGAUUUUUUUCCUAAUUAGCCCUUGGGGUGAGCUGUUUCACCUAUUUCAUUUAUGGUACUAAAUGAAUAAUAGUAUACUAGGCUGGGCAAAUGUGGCUAUCAGGCUUCGUAACUAAUGUUUGCAUCAAGGAAUGAACUUGAUUUUACUUGGUCCACAUUUUUCUAAACUGAUAGCUAACUUUGGCUUAACGUGAACACACAGCAUGCUCAAGAGUCUCUGCUUUCCUCCUACCCACAUUCCUGACCAUGCUACACCAAGAGAAACAAACUAUAAGCCUUAGUUUGUUGUGUUGUCUGAACCUGGACUUGUGGGUUGUUUCUCUCCUAACCACAAAUGGUAGUCAAUAUAUAUUCUUCUCCUUCCUGGUUGUGGUUUGUUUAGGGAAAAACAAACCAUGAGUGCACAAUACAACAAGGAAGGCCUUGUGGUUUGUUGCAAAGUGAGGACUUGGGCAACAUGCACCAGUGUGUUGCUUAUUCAUACUAAACCAGAGUUAAAGAUUUAUGGUUUAAUGUGAAAUGUGGGCACAGUCUAAAUCUCUUGAGCAAAAGUAAUCAAAAAAGUAACUGUAAUUCCUUUUAUAUUUUGUGUUAAAAAAACCCCUAACAUCUUGAAAAUCUAGCCAAUUACCGUAUUUUUCGCUCUAUAACACGCACCAGACCAUAACAUGCACGUAGUUUUUAGAGGAGGAAAACAAGAAAAAAAAUAUUCUAAACGAAAUAGUGGAUAUAUGAUUUUUGUGGUUCGUGCUGUGGCCACAGACAUGUGAUCUGACAGUGAUCUGAGUUUGGAGUAGCCCAAUGCAAAAAUCCUGAGGAUCCAUGUGGAUCCAUGCUUUGUAACCACGGAGGAGGGAAGGAAGGGGAACCAUGGAUCUUCUGCUCAUGACUGCAGCAGAUCCCCCCCCGCCACCCACAGGCAUUCGCUCCAUAACACGCACAGACUUUAUGUAGUUGUAAGCAACAAUUUUCCCUUUCAGCUGAUCACUUUCAAUAAUUCCAGUUUCCUAAUAGUUUAAUAUUUUUGUGUUUUUUUGGCAUAUGUGCUGAAGUAAAUUGCUGACCAUUCUAAAAGUAAUUACUUUGCCUAUACACAGCAUACAUGAAGAUUGCAGCUGUAAAACAAAUUGUUCCUAAGUAGCUACAUUGGUCAGAAGGACCAUUACAUAUUAUUAUUAUUAUUAUUAUUAUUAUUAUUAUUAUUAACAACAGACUAAUUUCCCAUUAAUCCUAAUCCUAUGAAGUAGAUUUUUAACAAGGUUUUGCAAAUAGACCUCUUGGGGCAAGAUAUUAUUAGAUUGUCUUUGCCAAGUGAGUCUUUGGUUAUGCUACAUUUAAAUGUAGGUUUCGCAAUUCUGUCCUCCUCUCUUCUUUAAUGCAUAUUUGUAACCACUUGUUGGGUAGUAUAAAGUGCUUGGAAUGUACUUUUAGAAUCAACAAAGGAGAGGGUCGACAACCUGUGCCAGCAACUUUUAAAAUUCUACAGAUUAUGGAUAUGACUAGAUAAGGAAGUAUACUUAUUGUGCUCUUUAGGCAACUUUCUAUGGUCAAGCUGGAUUGUCUAAAUAAAUGGUAGAUAGUAUUUAACUUGAUGUGGCAGCUUCUUCUUCUGGGUGAUUAGCUCAAGAAGAUUACCAGUUGCUGACAUGAAUUCUGCGAUCUGAGGUGCUUUUUCUUCAGUAUAUAACAGUCCUGUAGUGAUGGAUCUUAAUUUAGGAGCUUCUGUCCAUGUUCCAUAAAAAGUUUGAUGCAAGUCAUUUAUAUGGGGUUGAUGUCAUGCUAAAAGCAAACUGAUACCAUUUAAUGGGUGCAGAUGAUGGAGGGGAGGCAUUGUUUGAAAUUGGAAGUAAGAAAGAGAGCUAAUUUGUGCACCAAGUCACAGAUUUCCUGACCCUUGUAUAAAUGCUUACCACUGUUGCUAUUCCUUUGUCACUGCAAAAGGUUAGCAUGUUUGAUCAUGGAGAUACAUUUGCACAUGCUGCACAAUAAUGAUUGCUGCUGAAAAUAAUUACUGCUGUUAAUAUCUAUUGAUUUUAAUAUAUGUAUAUAUAAUUGGUAGUGGGAACUGUCUUCUAUAUGGCAGGUAGUAAAAAGACUAAAUGCUACAUUUCUAAAGAGGGGAAAUUUAAGUUUCCUUACUUAUGUAAUAAUCACUUCAAAGUUAGCCCGUCUUUUAAAAUGCGACACUGCUUUAACAGAGGCAGCAGUUAGUACAACUACACACUUGAUGAAGAGAGCUCCUCAUGUAAGGUUACCUAAUUAGGUGAAAUUCAAUCCACCAUAUCUACUUGCUGUCACAACUGUGCUCUGCCUUGUUUCAUUAGGCUUUCUUAUCUAGGCACGUCACUACCUCUUGUAUUCAUAUAGCUGCACACCAGACCAGAAUAUCCAUUUAAGUAGACUGUAGCACUGUAGCCUUUGCACAGAAACUGUUUUAGAUUCCAGCUUUCACUUUUUAAGUUCAUUUUUAAAUCUCUCUGUGUGGAUUUACACAUGAGGAACAUUCUAAGAAUGAUUGUUCAAAGCGUCUUAAACACAUCAAAAGAGAACAUUUGGCAACUGGGGAGGAGCGGCCUGAAACAGAGAAAUGGGAAAAUAGGCAAAAUAAUGAAAAAAAAGGUGAGAGCUUGUUAACAUAACUUAUAGCUAUAUUAUUGUGUUCUUUUUUGUAGCAUUAUUUUAUAGGAGUGAACAUAAUCUUGUGAUUCUGAGCUUUUAAGUGAAAAACACUGCUUUCCUCUGUAGAGGUUUGCAUCCAUCCAAUGAUGCUGUCUUUGUACAUGCACUUGAUUGGAAAGUUGUUUUGCUUUGUUUACAUUAUGUGUGUUUGAAUUCUUUUAAACAAAAGCAAAUUUUAGAAUUUGUUUUCAAUCCUAUUUUCUUGUUCUCCUAGCUUGUGUUAUAUUCAUAAUAAUAAUAAUAAUAAUAAUAAUAAUAAUAAUAACCACCAGAAGUUUGUGAGAAACAGCUGCCCUGAGCAUAUAUCUGUAUAUGUUUCUUUAUCCUAUUGAUAGUACCCUGUAAACAAAAGCAUUUUGCUAAUGAUCAACCGCUUCAGUCAGCAGAACUGGUACUACUAUAGGUGCCACAUAAUACCCGUUCUGCAUUUGUAAGAACUCAGUUGUUGAGUGUGGCAGCACCUGCACUUUGGAACUCCCUGCCUAUUGAGAUCAAGCAGGCACCUUCACUGUACUCAUUUUGACACCUGCUAAAAACAUUCUUGUAUAGACAACAAGCCUACCAAGAUGCUUAGAAAGCUGAGGUAAUUUUAAUCUGUUUUAAUAUUUUAAUUCGUGUAUGUUUUAAAGAAGGGUUGUGAAUUUUUCUCAAUUUUAUUGUUUUAUCUUUUUGUAAAUCACUUUGAGAUUUUUUAAUAAGCAAGUGGUGUAUAAAUGGUAGAGGUAGUUUAGCCUUUUGCUACUGAUCAUAAAAAGAUACUGCUGCCAUUAGUCACAUUAUUAAUAUCUGUGAAUAAAUGUUUUUUUGGGAAUUGCAAUUUCCUGGUGCAGGGAUCUUUGUUUGUUGUACUGAAAUUGGUGCUUAUCUGGAGAAUUCAUAAGUGACCUGGCAGCUGUCUCCCAAUCUUCUGAUUUGUUUCAUGCUGCUGUACGAAUGACUGAAAAGACUCACGAGAUCUGUAUUAGCUUGGCUUGGGGGGGGGCGUAUUUGUAAGUUGGAAAAGCAGUGCACCAUGUUGCAGUGAACAAGAGACUGCAUAGUUGUGAGAUUGGAAAGGUUGGUUUGCGUAGUUUAACCUUGUAGCACUGAUUUGGAAGGUCAUGCCUUAGGCUGUUUUCAUAAGUGACAGUUAGAACAGUUUUUGUAUUUCCUGUGUCUAUAAAUGGAAUAAAAAAACCUACGUUACCUAGAAUACUCUUUCAAUGUUAAAAUGGCUGCCUUCAUUUUUUUAAUGCUUUAUUAACAAUCACAAGCGUUAGAUUUCAAGGGGAAAUACACUCUUUACAUCACUUGUGAAAACACCCUUAAGGUCAUUUCAUUGUUUUGUGUAGUUGUUACUCAUUUGCUGUGUGUGAUUCAUUUUACUCUCUUCAUAGAUUUAUAUAACUGAAUCUUUAUAUCCCAAGUAGAGAAAUGUGCCCCCAAAUUGUGUGGGGAGACUUGCUUGGGUUUAACUGGAAAUACGUUAUCCUUAGAUUAGCUAAUUAGGGCUGCAUUUGACUUGGGUCUCAAAUAAUUUAGCCCCAUUCCAAACAAAGGACCCAUUGUGUUUAGGAUGGGUCCUUCAUUACUUAUGGCAGCAUACUGGGUACAAGUACUGGAAAAGAUACAGUUCUCAUGGAUCAUGACAUCCUAGGAUCUACGAUAACUACAUCUUGUGUCUAAGAUUCUGCAGUGGCACCCGGCAACUUUGCAAGGAUCUUAGCAUCAGCAGGAUCACAUGUUCCAUAGAUCUUGUGGCUUGGAAACUAAUGUGGCAGUACUGAUGGGCUAGGGUUGGGGAGGGUUUACUGAUUUUAUUUGUUACUAUGCAAGAUAUUUUUGUGUUUUUAUAUUGUAAAUUGCCUUGUAAUCCUCGGAUGACAGGUGGUAUAGAAUUUUUAAUAAAUAAGUAGGUAAAUAAAAUUAAGCUUCCCUGUUGUUUCCUGAUAAGUUUGGAUAGUGAAAGGAAGUGGUGACUGUCUUGAGGAGGGCUGGCACUAAGCCGAGCCUAACUUUAGAGCAGGGGUGCCCAAACUUUUUUCAAAGAGGGCCAGAUUUGAUGAAGUGAACAUGUGUGAGGGCUGGCCAAAGGUGUUGAGCUUUUUUUAGUAUUGAAGUUGCUGAGCUUUUUUAAAGAUUUUACCCCAGGACAUAUACUGACACGGGGGCCAGAUUAAAUCGACUGGAGGGCCGGAUUAGGCCCCCGAAACGGAUUUAGGACAUGCCUGCUUUAGAGGUUGGCUUUUAUUUUAGCCUGGGAAAGGGGGCAUUCUGCUCCAUACUUAGAAACAAUGGCUAGUGGAAAUGUGUAUGGAAAUAUGACCAUAAAAUGGACUGGGAAGUGAGCAAGUGGCUCCACUUUUCCUUCCCUCUCAUGCUGCAAUCCUACAUAUACUGACCUGGGAGUAAGCCUCAUUGAAUGCAGUGGGAUUUACUUUGGAAUAGACGUGCAUAGGAUCUGCUGUAAGUUCCUCUGCUGUCUCCUUUCCCUCUUCCCUUUAGCUGUAACAUGUAACCAUGUUAACUAUAUACAUUUUUACACAUUCCUUUUUAUGGGUGCUAGGAAUGUAAAUAGAUCUUUGCCAAAGGUGGCUAUCGGUGUAAUUAAUUUCUGCUGGCACUAAGGUGCUGAAGCUUUCCUAAAGAGGAAGAGUAAAGCAGUACUUAGGUCCAGGAUAAAUUAGCUAACACUUCUGCCUCCUUCCUAGGAUCUGAGGGAGAAAUGGUGUUUUGUGUCUUGCCUGCCAUGGAAGCAUGCACGACAGACAGACAGACAGAGAGCCUUCCCAGUGGCCACACCCAGAUCCUAGAAUAUCCUGUGAAAUAUGGUUGGCCCCAUCCCUUGCUGUUUGUUUAAGUCCUUUUUAUUCCAAUAGACUUUUCGUUCUGUGGGGGACAGUGCAUUUUAUCAUUCAGUUGCUGGUCCUCUUCUUCAAUGGAUCAUAGAAUGAUUUUUUUAAUGGAAUUUGCAAGGGCAGAAUGUAAGUACUGUAUCUAUAAACAGUCCCACCCCCCCCUCAAGUUAGAUAUUGCAUGUUCCACAAGCUCUAGUCUAUUACUGUCCCUUCUCUCAGUUUUCCUGCAGUACAUAAUUCAGGUGGAGAAGAUGAGCAGGCAGACGUGCAGAACUGUGGAGAAUAUAUACCGUAAAUUGUUGUGGACCUUUUAUAACUACUUCAAGUAUCUUCUAUUUUUGUAGCACUGCAUUGGCUUCUGAGGCUUCUUAAUGUGUCCAUAGCAACAUGUAAUUGUAUCUUGCUGACAAAAUGUUUAAUAUGUUAGGAAUCAGUACAUACUCAUGAAGACUUGCAUAAAUUUUAAAAUGCACACCGCAUGAGAUCUAUAAUCAUUUAUCCUUUCUGUCUGCUGUUGGAGGUAGGGAAGUGCCACUCCAGAGAAUAUAAUUCAUUGUUCACAGCUAUGUAAAACUUAAACUUGCAUAAAAUAGAUAAGUUGUCUAUUUAAAAUAAAAUAAAAUACUCCUAUCUAUAGACAUGUUGAAAGGGACUGGUUUGAUAGGCCAAGUCAGCCAGGCAGUGUUUCUGUAAGUUGUUAGACUUUGUAGAAUAAGUGUAGCAGAGUGGAGGUAGAGAUGGGCUUCAUAGUCCAUAUUCUGCAAAGCAACUUAACUGCUGUUAUGAGCAGAGGUUGUUAGAUAGCUGAAUGUUCCUGCCUCCAUCACACACCUCACCCUGGCAUGGUCUUUCUAUAUAGUGGAGUAGUGUUGUUACUAAUUUGUUUCUUGGAAUCCUUGCCUGCCUUUUGCACAGGUGAAAACUUUGUUAACCAUGAACCUUUAUUUUAUUUAUAUAUUUAACAAAAUAAAUUAAGGAAGGGGUUUCAAAACUUUUAAAAUUUGGUUAUGUCUUGUUUAUAUUAUCAUCAAAAAAAGUCAAUAAAAUUUAUUACAUAAUAUUCUAAAAUGGAGGAGAAAAGUAAAAUAAAUCCUUUAUAUUCCAACUAGGAAAAUGCCCACCAAAUUGGAUUUGUUUUGGAAUGUAUCCAUGCAACCAGAACAUAGGGUCAAACUCUGGAUUCUUACAUUUGAUGUUGAAUCUCCCUACAUUUGGGGCUCCCCAUCAGCAAACCUGCACUGCCAGCAGCAGCCUUCUAGACUGCAGAAGUCACAGAGUGGGAAGAGGCACCUUGAAUAUGGUUCAGUUUCAUAGUGAGGAGCAAGGCUAGUGGGGAGGAGCCUGUUAAAAGAAACCACACACAUAUCCCAGCUCAGCACCAGUAGGCUAAUGAAUGCUGUAUCCAGUGCCUCAUACAGUAAAAUCCACACACUCCUUCUAUCCUUCAUUUUGUGGACAAAAUGCAACAAUUACUUUUUUUUUUUGCAAUCUAAAUUAGAAAAAUUCACCAUGGCAAUGAGAGCUGGCACAGGAGAGCCCAGGCUCCCUCUCUUGUCCUAGACUCUCAGCUAGCAAGACUUUACCCCAAAGAUUGAAGCAAGUGAUUUUGUAGGCAACAUCAGAAAAUCAUUUUAUUUAAAAUGCAGCUAGCUUAAAUAAUCAGAGAUGGUUUCUGUGAUCAGAAAUAUAUAAAGUUACAGUAGCUUUAUUGUUCUAUAAAAGGAAGCCUGGUUUUCAUGUUUUUUUCCUGGAAACAUGAAGUCCAUACACAAUGUCUCAUUUGCAAGCAAUCCCGAUAACCAGGAAAUCUCUUAAAAGUUAACUGCUGAGUUGAUUAAGCAUUGUUUUUUAAAAGGUUCUUUCAGAAUAUGCAGGUUCAAUUUUGAUAGUUUGUUCAUAGGGAAUUCAUUUUUCUGUUAACAGGAUAUUAUAAAGAGUCUAUUUGGAUUGCAAUGCACUGAAACAUGAAAACCUAAUUCUUUCCUAUGUGAAGUCAGAUAGGAAAUAGGGAGGGAAAUCAUGUACUAAAGUUGAAGAUAAAACAAAGUUUUUCUUUCCUCAAGUUCUAGAGGAAUGCAGUGCUGUGGGUUUGAGGUUUUUUUUCCUUUUUAGAUAAAGAUGUGUUUUUCUUUGAAAAUCUUAAUGAAAAUGGCAAUCCCACUGAAACGUCUGAAGUAUUGCUUGGGAACUUGUCUCUGAUCCAAAGAAGUUAGUUUGGUAUGCCUGAGGGCUUAGACACACCCAGGGGUAUUUUCUACUCCCUCCACCCCCAGAGCAGCAAGGCCCCCUCCCCCUCCCUUGCUAGAUCAGACUGCUUUUGAAAGGUUUCAGUGUUUGAAAGAAGCUUGUUAUGUGACACAAGGAGGCUGAUAUUCAAUAAACAUCAUCCCAAAGCUGCCUUGGACAUGCAGAAGUAGUUCUGUGACUCUCUGGAUUUUGGUCACUGUUUCCUUUUUUCUUCUUGGCAAUAAAGCAGUUAAUUAUCAUUUCAUUACUACUGGGAGAGUUACAAGAGAGAAGGUUUUCCUUCUGAAGCCAAGGUUUGUGUUCACUCUUUAUUAUGUGAGGAAAGCAUAUCAUCCCUCAACAGCACUUUCCUUCCUGCUGCUUCUACAAUUCCAAUAGGCAAAGUUCUACUGGAUUGUAUUAUGUGACACACAUUAAAAGAUGUAACUUUAACUUGUGCUUGAUUACACCUUGUGUAGGUAAGACAUGUUUUAUUGUGUUAAUUAGCUGAGGCCCAGUAUAGUGUUGCAUAUAUGAGCUGGAAGUUCAAGUUCAGCCAUCAGGUGGCUUGGUAGCCUAAGUUUGCUGCCCCACAGUCUCAGAACUCCAUCUGUAAUAAGGGGAGAAAGUUGUCUUACCUUAUAGGCUGUUCUAAAUAUUAUUGAUGACUGAGUCAAAUGUACAGACAUUAGUCUCUGCAUAAUGCAGCCCUUCCAGAACUGUACAGCUUCACAUUGCAGGAUUGUGUGUGUGCGGAGGAUGGGGGAUCAUAUUUGAAUGCUCCCCUUUGUAGUAUUGUAUUUAUAUGGUAAGCCAUCACGUCAAAGAGAUGGUAAGGCUGAAUGUUGGCUUUUGCCUUCCAGUUGACCCUGAGAUGGUGAAUGUGAAACAGUUUUACUUUAAAAAAGUGUUACAUAACUAUCAAAAGGGCCAUGUGUGGUGUUCAUGUGUUCACCAGGGCUCUUCUGCCAGUUCUUUCCUACUUCAAUUCUUUGUACUCCAUCAAAAUCUGCUCUCGAAGCAUCAUUUGAUAUGGAGUGAUGUGAUACAGCAAAAAGGAAAAGGCCAGCAUAGUGUAGUAGUUAGAGUACUGAACGAAGACCUGGGAAACCAGAAUUCAAAUCCCACUCAGCCAUGAAGCUUAUGGGUGACCUUGGGCCAAGUCAUUAUCUCUCAGCCUAACGUAUCUCAAAGAGUUGUUGUGAGGAUAAAAUCGAGAGCGAUAGAAGUGUGUAUGCCACUUUGAGCUAAAUAGAGAAAAGAUGUGAUGUACCGUACAUGCAUUACAGACAACUCCCUGUUUGCUGGGGGAGAAAUAAACUUAAAUAAACAUAAGACUGUAUGGAUCUCAGUCUAAUAUACUGCAUGCAAUGAAUAUAUAUUUGCAACACCUUUAACAUGCCUUUUGUUACUGUUUUAUAAGCAUGUCUUCCAAAAACAUUUUCUGUAGGUAUUGUAUACCAUUCAUGAUUGCAUAAUUUUACUUAAGAAAAUAAAAUCAAUGGACAAUUCUGAAGAAUCCAAGCAAAUGGUUUGGCACAGGAUAACACAGUCCUUUUCUCCAGUUGUCCUGUGAUCCUACCCCAUGUACCAUGGGAACUGCUGCGCCAAAGUCUUGUCGAGAGCCAGUGUGCUGUAGUGGUUAAGAGCGGUGGACUCGUAAUCUGGGGAACCAGGUUCGCGUCUCCGCUGCUCCACAUGCAGCUGCUGGGUGACCUUGGGCCAGUCACACUUCUUUGAAGUCUCUCAGCCCCACUCACCUCACAGAGUGUUUGUUGUGGGGGAGGAAGGGAAAGGAGAAUGUUAGCCGCUUUGAGACUCCUGAAAGGGAGUGAAAGGCGGGAUAUCAAAUCCAAACUCUUCUUCUUGUUGUUUAACAUUCUUGCAUGGUGCAACUGUAGGCUUCUCGUGCUCAUUUAGGAAAAAUAAAAGUAUCUUAGGCUGUGCACACAUUACUGUUUAUUCUGGCUCCAGUGUGCUCUCACUGCUGUUGUUUGAAGCCAUGUGCACAUGAUGUGAGCCACAAUCCAUAUCUAUCCUGUAGUUUCUUGAGAAAUAUUGCUGUUUGAUGCAUUUCCCCUCAAACCAGCUUUCAUCCAAUUUGAAAACACAAGACACAUUCACUUUGCAGUUAAGCUGAGGUGUGUACAUUUGAGAGAGCCAUUAUACUUAUGCAGAUGGCAGCUUUGUGAAUGUGAGUUUAGGAUGGGGUGGGGGGCUUGCAGACAUUGGGAAACCAAGCAGGAAAUGCACAUUGGGUGAAGACAUUCCCAUUGCUUAUCUGGUGUGUACAGCAAUGUUCAAAUGCAACUUGAAGCACAGCAGGGAAAAAUGACCUUACUGUGUUUUAAACAACUAAUGGAGACAUAGCCUUAUUUAUGCAUUCAAAUAAAUUUGCCACUGUGAGAAUAUGUACUGGAAUUAAUAGCUUCUCAAUGUCCGACUUCGCUGCUAAGUAGAUUUUUCAUUAAGAUCUAAAAUUAGCUGUGGGCCUUAGCUCUGCUAUUCUAACAACAAAAAUUUAAUUAUUCACUUUGAAAGCAGUAGUUUUGACAAGGCAGAAGCUUUCUUCCUAGUGAAUCAUCUGCAUAAAAACAUGUUUGCCUAACAUUUUUAUGCUGCAGUAGCCUUAGUAGUAUUUUUAUCAAUAUGUUAAAACAAGAAUUCUGCUGCUGGAAUUACGUGAUAAAAGUAGCUCUUAGAUAUUGGUUUACUUUUAGACUUGCCCAGCCUGGUGUUCUUCAUAUGUUGUUGGACUCCCAACUCUCUUUGGUCCCAGCCAGCAUGUACAAUGGUGAGCUAUCAUGGAUGCUUUAUUCCAGAGCAUUUGGGGCCACCAGGUUGGGGAAGACUGGUGUAGACCAUGCCAACACAGCUCUGAUAUUUGUGGGGGAAAGAAUGCACAUCUCUUCCACAAAGUAAGUAUGCCCCCAAGAGCAUCAUUGAAGCUAUCAAAGUGUCUGCUGAUGCCUGCCCACAUAAAUUUGUGAAGCACAGUGACUCAGGUGGCACCCCUCAUUAGCAUGAUCUGUGUUCAGGGGUUAUUGGAGUUUCAUUCCAAAACAUCUGGAGGGCACAGAGUUCUGGAAAGCUGUUUAGCCCAAGUGGUACAACUUGUUAACUUUCUAAUCUAGUGCAACUCACCAAGGGAUUCAUAAGUCUGUUUUUGCUCAUUGCCAGACACUACAAAAAUGGGAGUUAUCAAUCACUUGGCAGGCAGGUGAUGGGAUCACUUGGCAUGGUGGAUCCCAAGAGGUGGCACUGUUUUACACUACACUGGUUCCGAUCCUAUCUCCAGGAUCUAUUUCAGAGUAUGACAUUGGGUGAUUAUCUUUUGCUCCCCUGGCAGUUGUGUUGUGGGGUGCUGCAGGGUACUGUCUUGUCUCCAGUGCUAUUUAACAUCUACAUGAAGCUGUUGGGAACCAUUGGGAGUAAUCUUUAGGAGAUUUGGGGUGAGAUGUCAUCAGUAUGCUGUAUCAGGAGAGGCCACACAAGUCCUACACCAGUACCUGGACUUGGUGGUGGGCUGAAGGAGGGCCCAGAAAUGGAGUCUGAAUCCUGGCAGGAUUCAAGAGCAGGGUUCAUAGUCUGAGGCUACUCCUGGGUCCAUCUCUAGCUCUCGAGGCCCAAGUAAUCUCAGUGGCUAGAAGUACCGUACCUUUUACCAACUCCAGCUGUUUCUAAAUCAGGAUAGACUGACCACUGUUGGCCACAUUGCUGCUGUGCACUUUGAUGAUACUGCCCCUGAGGUUGCCCAGAAGCUGCAGCCAGUGCAAGAUGCAGCUGCUCAACUGCUCACUGUGGUAGAAUAUUGCCAUAAUCAUUUAGUUAGUUCAGCAUUUAUUGAUUGAUCAUGUUUUGCCAUUGGUGAAAGCGUGGCACCUUUAAGACUAAUUAAUUCAGCCUCUAAUCCUAUCUGGGAGCCAUCCCCAUAGACUUUAGUGAGGGUUAGUUCUGAGUAAUAUAUGGUUAUUGUGACAUUAACCUCUCCUAAACCAAAGUUAGGCACUUUUUAGUUUAUUUAGGGACUAAGUACUUCCACAACGACAAUGUUUUUAUGUCCACACUUUUGCAAGUGAGGAGGCAAUGUUUUAUAUAAGUUUAAAGUUUAGCAUGUUCAGCUAUUGGGAGCUGGAAAUCCUUGCAGAUCUAUGGCAAAUCACUUGGAGAUUUGUCAGUAGUUUCAACCCAUCUGCCUGGUGUGUUUAUGAUAUUUUAUGCAAAUCAAAAUCUGUGCCACUUUGAAAGAUUGACUCUAUAUGGUGCCUUUGUUUUUCUUUUCCCCAGAUGAUAUUAACUGUGUUCCUGAGUAACAAUGAACAGAUUCUGACUGAAGUGCCAAUUACACCUGAAACAACCUGCCGAGAUGUGGUGGAAUUUUGCAAAGAACCUGGGGAAGGUAGUUGCCAUCUUUCUGAAGUCUGGCGUGGAAAUGGUAAGCAAUCACUUGGUGUCCUGAACUAGUGAUUUUAUGCUGAAUUUUUACUUUUGAGAGGGCAGUAGCUCAAUAUUAUGCCAGGCUUUAUAAUUUCAUUCUUGUUUGAGACAAUUGCAGUCUUUCUAAUCUUCAACAGCUCUAGCACUAUCAACCUUAGGGAAACAUACUUACACACACAGUUCCCCCUUAGGCUCAAAAUGAGAAGGUAUUUUCAGAAUGCAGGGAGAUGGCUGAUAAUAUGAAAAUGGUUAAUUAAUAAAAAUAGGAUUGUCAGACAUGUCAAUGUUGUGUUUUAAUGCUGUGCUCCCCCACCCCACCCCACCCCACCCCGCCCAGCCAUUAUAUUAUCACUUGCCCUCUAAAUUAUCAUUAGAAGAGGCAUGAUAUUCAAAAUUAAUUUAGUAGCACCUUUUGUAGCACCUUUAAUUUAGUUGCAUCUUUGUGAAGGUGGUUUGUAUAUAAUAUGGACUUGCAUGUACAGUAACUAAAUGUACGCAUUUAGCCUUAAACCUAUGGCUAACAAAAUAGAUGUGAUGAGUUCCUCGGAAUGGGAGAAGUUGCCCACCCAGCUAAUUCUGGCAGAAGAUGAAAGUCUCAUAUAAUUGCCUUAAUUACUAUAAAUUAGCUCUGUAUGGCAUAAUCCCAGAAAAUGGGUAAAGAGCAAAUUAAAAAUCAGUAUACCUGGAGAGAGAUUAGAGCAGACACUGAAGCAGUCAGAGAGCCAAUGUUACAAAGAGACUUACUUAACUAAGGUCCAUUUAAUAUUGUUAAGGUGUGGGGAGAGGAAGGAAUACAUCAGGAGCAUGGAGGAGCUUAAAAGAGUCUUCUCCCCAUUUGUUACAUCAGCAGCCCAGAAUGAUGUUUAGCAAUCCUCAUGAAUUGUAAAGAAGCACUUCUGUCAAACCCGCUUAGUUGCCUUCUUUGGAAAAAGUGAUUGGCAAAAGGUCUGUUAACCCAAUGUACUUUGACUUUAGCAAACUUUUGACCUAAUGGUAUAUUAUACCCCUUUUCUUUUUGAAAGCUUAAGAAAUGAAGUAGAAGGGUCACCUUCCAGAUGUUAUCAGCCUCAGCCAGUAUGGCCAGUAGUUGGGGAUGAUGGGAAUUGUAGUCCAGCAAUAUCUGGAGAGCACCACAAUGGCUACCUCUUCAGAUGGCAAUGGAGUGAAGGAGAGAUCAUGCUCAUUGGGACAGUAAUAAAUGGACUGGUAUCAUUCUGCAAAAGUCAUUAUUUGGCGUUGUUUAGUAUCCUCAGGGACGCGGUGGCGCUGUGGGUAAAACCUCAGCGCCUAGGCCUUGCCGAUCGCAUGGUCGGCGGUUCAAAUCCCCGCGGCGGGGUGAGCUCCCGUCCUUCGGUCCCAGCUCCUGCCCACCUAGCAGUUCGAAAGCACCGCUAAGUGCAAGUAGAUAAAUAGGUACCGCUUUCUAGUGGGAAGGUAAACGGCGUUUCCGUGUGCUGCGCUGGUGCCAGCUCGCCAGAGCAGCUUCGUCACGCUGGCCACGUGACCCGGAAGUGUCUCCGGACAGCGCUGGCCCCCGGCCUCUUAAGUGAGAUGGGCGCACAACCCUAGAGUCGGACACGACUGGCCCGUACGGGCAGGGGUACCUUUACCUUUAGUAUCUUCAGCAGCUUAUUUAUUUCAGCAAUUUAUAUACUGCUUCACACCUUAGUUUACAUAAAUGUCUUGUAUGAAGUAGUAAUACAAUAUUAUCUAGGCUAGUAGAACUUGUGAUCUGUCAUGGCAAACACCUGCCAUGUACUGUAGCCUUGCCAAGAACAUGAUAUCCUCCUGAGUUUUUUGGCUCACAAGUUGUUCAAGGCCUUGGCUUAGAACAAUGGCGAUCUCCUUAUAUUCUGUUGGACUGUAACAGGGAUAGCCAAUGUGAAGCCUGCCUGAUGUUAUGGACUACAGCUCCCAUCAGUCCCAGCCUGCAUGGUCAAUGGUCAGGGAUGAUGAGCAUUAGAGUACAACAACCAACAUAUGAGGGGCACCAUAUUGGCUAUCCCAGACAACAGAAUUAGUUAUAUGCAAAUGGCUUGGUGGUAUGAAAACUAUGCCCUUUAAAAACUCAGCUUUUGUAAGAAGUGCAACUUUCUGAAAAUUUUUUCAAAACAAUCUUAUUCCUUGAAGAUUCCCCACUCAAAAAAGUUGGAAAAGCAAAUGUUUGAGAAACUGAAAUAAAUUAUUUGGACCCUACUAACGGGAUUUAGAAAAAGUUAUUAGGUGAGAGAAAAGUAAAAUAAACUGUUAACAUUUCAUUUUAUUUUCUUACUGCAAACAAAUGUCCAAGAAGUUGCUUUGAUAAGAAACAUUAGAUUUUUCUAUAUUUAGAACGACACAUCCCCUUUGAUCACAUGAUGUAUGACCAUCUACAGAAGUGGGGACCCCGUAGGGAGGAGGUCAAGUUUUUUCUUCGACAUGAAGAAUCCCCAACAGAAAGUAGUGAACAAGGUGGGUAUAUUUUAAAUUGUCCAUUGGUGCCUCAGCAGCUCAUCUUUAUGUGACUCAGUUUUGUAAAGACAAGUAAAACUUGUCAAUAUGAUGACAAAAUACUUGUGCUGUACUGUUGACUCUAUAGUACAGAUGGUUGAAGCUAAAUAAAAGAAUUUCUAUAGGGCAAAGCGUCCCCUGCUCCCCACCCAUAGGCCUUUACCACAGCUGCCCAACUCUACCCAGCAUUAUUUUGCUCAUUCUUACUGGUGUCUGGUCGUUAUGCCAGCCCCCACUCUCCCCUUGUUUCUUCUUUUUCCUCUUCAUUACUUACCUCUCAAGUCCUUAGACAUUUCUGUUUUGCUUUCGCUUCCUUCCACCUAUCCACCCAUUAAGCUCAUGAAUUGUAAGAACCUUUUGCCUCCAGACACCACAGCCAUUCUUCCUUCUCCCCUUUCUGUUCCCAAGAUGUGCCCCCAAUAAUAAUCUUAGCUUUAAUUCUUACAAGUAAGCUGCUAAUUAUCAUGGCUACAGAGAAAAUUUCAGAAACUGUUGGAGCAGGUAUUUGGAAGACUAAAUUUUAAAAACCCAACCUACAUGAAUGACUUCAGAAAUAAUGUCAGGAUUUUGUUGGAGCCUGACAAGGAUGUGUAAAGUAUUUGGGUUUGCAGACACCCAAAACCAAUGUGCUUAAUCUGUCUUUCUUUUGCUAGCUGAGUAUGUUUCCUUACAUAUUUUCAAAAAACAUACAUUUUAAAAUUAGGCAAAAAAUGGGGUUUGGGCUCAGAAAAAGGCUUUUAAGUAUAAUGACAUUAUAGUAGGGACACAUCAGGAAUGGUUGACAAAAACAACAACAUUUUUUUUUUAAAAAUGGGCUGUUUGGGGAAGGCACAAAAUCCUCAGGGACUGGGGGCUGGAUGCUGCAUACAGGAUGCAGGCUAUGUGUUAGCCAUUUCUGACCCUCCAGAGAAGAUGCAAACAUUCUCCCUUUGGGCAUUACUUCCGGUGAAAAAAACUAUCACUCUUACGUACAUGCUUGCCAGCACUGCUAACAUUCAGAGCCACCUUUGGGCUCCUUCCUAAGGCUAAUACCUGCUUCUUCCAAGUUCUACAUGUAUGUAUUUUUGCUUUUACAAGCAUGUUGUACUUGGACUUUUCUGCAGUUGAGCUUUUAAUCCCUAUGUUCUCUUGCUACUUGCUCUUCUCUAAAUUCCACAUUCCUUCCACCCACCCCACCUCUUCUUCCAAAGUCAUUACUAGGUCAGUCACUCCCAGUAUUAUUAUAGAGUGAGAGCCUGUAGCUGCAUCCCCAAGCAGCUUAGCUGCCAGUAUGUAGCAGCAGCAGCCAAUCAAGCCAGGCUUCGUUCACAUUCAUAGUGGUGAUAAAAUUGUGUUCUGCCAAGCUUCACUAUAAACAGGUUACACAAGCUAAGGUCGGUAGAAAAUAUAUCAAAUAUAUAAAGUUACCACUGAGCCUAAUGCUUAGUGUACAUUUGCUCAAAUGUCUAAGCAGCCUGCCUCCUGAGCUUAUAUAAAACAUACCAACUAUGUUCCUAAGUGCAUAACAUCUACUAAAAGAGACAAUCCAAACAUUCUAAUUUGGAAGAGGAUUCCUUUAGAAAUCCAUUUCAGAUAAUGGGUUUGUGAUGAUGGCUGUGUUCAGAUGCAGUCCUAAACUCUGGUUUGUUUCACUCGACUAUGGUAUGUUUGUACAUCUGCCUCAACCAACUAACUAUGGCUUGAUCUGAAAUCAGGGGAGCCAACUUGAAUAAAAUAUGGGGGGAGGGCAGGUCCCACCCUGCAUAAUCAAGCACAAGAUGUGGUGCAUGCACACCACUUGAAUGGCAAUGCCCAUUAAUGGGGGGGGCUGGCCCCCAAAUGUUUUAUUGGGGGGGGGCUGAAGGGACCUCAGUCCCUAGGAGUUGGAACCUAUGUCUGAAACUACGAUUUGAAGUUGGCUUAUGAACCUUGACUUGGAUUAACUGGUGGGCAGGGCCAGAGGCAAAAGCAAAUGGAGCAGUGGGUGUAAAUCUUACCUUUGUACAGUAGGCUAGUUUCUACACACACUCAUACACUCCUCUGUCCUCAAUCCAAACAGGCAAGGGACAUUUUCAGAGUUCAUUGACACAUUCCAAACAGGAAAAAAACACCCCAAAUAAAAGCAAGGACUGCGAGAAGUAUAACCCGGGGGGGAGGGUGUAGUGCAGGAAAGUUCAGAGUGCCAAAUGAGCUGCAUUGGGUUCACCACUGCUACACUAGUUUCCCAGGAAAACAUUGGUAAAAUUGUCAAACCUCGCAUCAGAUACCCCAGAUUUGCUUUCUUCCUUCAUGGAGCAAUACCAAGAGUGGUUGGCUGAGUUCUUACAAGUGAAGGGAUGGGCAGACAAUUCUUGGUGGGAACUAGUUAAAAGAGAGGAAUGACUUUACCCUCCCUGGAACAGUAGCAGUGACAGUGGCAAGUGCUCAUUACACAAAAUGGAAUGUUGUUUCCUCCAGCAAAAGUGAUGGUGAGUUUUCAAGGGGCAGGAACAGUGUUUGAAGUUUCCCAAUCCUGUCUAUCCCUUCUAAAUUUCUCCACAAAGAAAGAGGAUAAUUACCUGAUGGUUACACCACAGAAAAACUAAUCUGAUUAUGUUGGUUUCAGUGGUCAUUGUGUAGCUCUGAACUGAGCUUCAAAUAGGGCUAGAAAAACAAACACCUGUCCCACCAGUAAGUUGGAAAACAUUUACUCAUAAAUUGUUCUCAUCAAAUCAAAAUAGGAGUUCUUGUUUUGAAAGAAUGUUCUUUUUAAAAAGUUGACUAAGAUUUAGGAAGCUGUUUCAGUAGAAGCAAUGCAUUUAAAUGUUCUAACUGUAUUCUUCCCAGGCCGUCAGACUCAAAACCAAAGGAACGGAAUCAGUAUACCUGGGGAGAAGCGUUCUGAAAAUGGGGUAUGUGGCCAAUUGCAAAAACAAGAUAUUUUAUGGGGUUUUUUCAUUUUAUUUGCAUCUCCAAAAUAUUUAUUUAUACAUUUUCAAAUACUGCUAUGUAUUUCUGGCCGUAAAUCUUUUAUAACACUUAAUGGUAAUGGGGAGAACUUUAUAUUAGGAAAUUGUACAAAGAACUGUAUUAGGACUGUUUGGCAUCUGCUUAUAUUGAAUUCCCUGUAGCCUUCAGUUUAUAAUACCUUGGAAAUACUACAUGUUUCUGCUGUAUACCCAGAAUGAAAAGACAUGUAGCUGUCUCACACAUUUACUCAGGAAGGUUUGCUGGAUCAGACCAAAAGCCAGUCUAGUCUAGUUUAAGUAGUUUUGGCGGUGUGUGUGUGUGUGUGUGUGUGUGUGAAAAGGUCUCUCACUCCCUCCUCCAAAGAUUCUUUUAAUCUUUGUGAGACAUGUGAAAUUUAAGAAUAUUAGAGGUGGUGGUCUUACUUUAAAAUGUGGGCAGUUUACCCCCUCCCUUUUCUUGUGUCCCCUCCCCGCAACACUUGUUUGCUCCAUCACAUUCAAGGCCCACAGCUUGGAAGUAAGUACCACUGAACAAAGUGGUAAGAGUUGGGUUGUUAAUCUUUAGUGGAUUCUAGUGCAAUAUGGAAAGUAGCCCAUUUGUAUGGUUGGGCUAAAUUGCUAAAUUGCACUGAAAAAUAGGCAGACUAACAUUGAAUUAUUUGAACAAUGCCUGUCUAAUACGCCUGUUCUCAUUUUCUGGCGGGAAGGCAAAAGUGGAUUUAUAGGCUUAAGUAAUUAAUCAUCUUACCAUUUAGUAAUUCAUUAGGAUUAUUUAUUGUUUUUGGAAUGCUGAAUAUUUUGCUAGCACAAGAAUACAUAUAAAAAAGCCAGCCUGUGUAAAUGUUUCCCCCCCACCGUAAAACCUAUUCAUGCAUAUAAUCGAUCUAAAAAAUAUUUUACUGAUCCAUGUAAGAAUGUGUUAGUAUAUACAUACCUGCUUUUAUUCAACAUGGAUUUAAGACUAGAUUAUGAAGCUUCUCCAUUCCAGUGGUUGUAAAGUUCUUAAAGAAUGGCUCAGUCUGGGUUUCCAACCUUUUUAGGCCUGUAGGCACAUUUGCAUAGUUGAGUGAGUUCUGUGGCCGCCCCCGCUCCUAGAUCACGCACACCCUGGAGCAAAAGAAAGUGUAUGCACACAGUUUCUCUUUUCUAAUGGAUCUAGGUAGAAGCCAGAUCCAGAGGAAAUAAUCUGAGCCUUUAAAAGCACAUCGAGCUGAAAUAGAAAGUGGAAAAAAGUCAUUCUUCCAACUUUCUCCUUCAGCUUUAUGCACAUUUCAAGGAAGAAGAAGGUAACCGCCACCACAACCUCCUGACUUAGGGAAGGGUGUCCAAACUUUUUUCAAAGAGGGCCAGAUUUGCUGAAGUGAACAUGCAUGAGGGCCAACCAGAGUUGCUGAGCUUUCAAUUUUACCUCAAAGUUGUUGAGCUUUUUUUAGGAUUUUACCUCAGGACAUAUACUGCCACAGGGGCCAGAUUAAAUCGACCAGCACGCCAGAUUAUGCCCCUGAAACAGACUGUGGACAUGCCUGAUUUGGGGAAAGUAAAGGGGUAGGCAGGGGAAUUCAUGAGCAGCAUGAGAAAACUUCAAGAUUACCAUUGUGCCCAUGAGCGCCACAGUGUAAUAAAAUUGUCUUCCCAGCCUGAAGGCCGGUAAAGAUGGAGGCCUGCCUUUGAAGGGUGUUCCAAAUAGUCAGUGCAUCGACUUAGAGAGCCCUCCUUUUAUGUCCACCCACAGCACUGCUGAUGUUGGAAGAAAGCUGAACAGGGCCUUAGAUAUGGAUCUCAGGAGACAAGCAGAAUAUGUUUCUUCAUUUAGCCUAAUCCUAGACCACAGAGGGUUUUAAUAUGUUAAAACAAAAAAUAAAAAACCUCACACUUUGAGUUAUAUACCAAACAGUUUGAUUUUAGUUAUUGUAGUUAUUUGAAUUGCUAGCCUGAAAUAGCAUUCUGGUUACCACGCUUUGAACAGCUGAAAUUUCUGGACCAUUUUCAAAGGGAAGCUCAUAUAGUAUGCAUUAUAGUUAUCUGCUAUAUAUAUAAAACACAAGAAUGAUUGAGGCCAUCAUAUCGUAAAGUGUCAGAAGGUCAAGGCUCAAUGAUAUAACAAGGAGUAUUUUCAAUAUUUACAUGCCAGGCUUGUAAGUGAUGAUUGGGAUGGCUUUGUAUACAUUUUUUGGUGGUUUUUUAUCAUGGUUUUGCUUUACUGUUCCAUUUUAUUUUAACUAAACUGCUUUCAUCACUUUAGAAAGGCAGCCUAUUAAUUUCCACACCACUGUUUAUUUAAAAAUAAAUUCCAAGGUGGCUUGCAUAAGUAAGAAUAAGCCCAUAAAUAUUUUUAAUUAAAUGGGAUUUCCCACCUUGAAAGGAGUUUGCAUUGUGUUUAACUCAUAGCUGCAUGGAUAAGUACUCCUUUAGGUGGUAACACUAAUACAGAAAAGUGAUGCAUCAUAAGAACAGGAAUAUGACAGUCUUUCCUAAUAAUCUUCCUUUAUUUAAUAAACAGAGGCAGUGGUCUACUGAAAGAGACAGAGAAGAAACACAGUAGCUUUUUGUCAUUGCUGUUUGCAAUGAAUAACAUUUAUGAAUAACAUUCUUUACUUACGGCAAUUAAAUACAAAUACUGGCAGUAUCCAGGUUUAGGAGAGAAUAUAUAAUAAUUGCCUGAAGAAUUUGCACCCCGAUAACUAUACUGAUACGAUCACAGAAACCAACAUCUAUCUAUACCCACUUCUCACUAUAGGUAACAGAAAACAGUAGAAAAUAAGGUGAAUUGGGAGGUAUAAUUGUGAACAGAGAGAAAGUGAAGGAUGAGAUUGAAGUGGUGGAUGGUGAUUGAGAGACUGAUUCAUUAAAUGCAAAGCAUUCUAAGAAGGGCCCUCUUAAUUCUUUUAAUGAAUCACUGGCCUUGUAGGCUUUCUGUAGGAAGAAAUAGUUACGCUGAUGUUGUUUUGAUUUGUAUCUACAGAGAACAAUGACAAGAGUAAUCCAUAAUUGUAUCAUCAUUAUUAGGAUACGAAUUCCUUCUGUAAAAAUAUAAUUAGGUUCAUGUACUAAUAAAAUCAAAAGGCUACAUUUUCUGAGAGUGUUUGUGUCUUGAUCAUCCAUUUUCUUUCAUUGCUACAGCACAGGCUGAUUAAUCUUUAUUUUGUUUCAUUGUUUACUGAACCAUUAGCAUAAAUUGUGGAAUAUGUGCAGUGCUGGAGGCCUUUCACAGAGCAAUGACGCUCAGGUCAAUUAACCAUUAGUAAAAACAUGCAUAAUCCUUUGAGUAUUACAUCUACAUUGAACAGUGCAGUAUAACAUUUGCACAAAAAGUAUCUUCCAAGAAUUGAAUUAUGCAUGCAAUGUUAACAGUAAAGUGAAAAAUGCUUUAAAUAUUAUAGGUCGUUGCCUUCUACUGGGGACUGAUCUUAUAAGACCAUUUUUAUGGGAGCAUGAUGCAAGUUGAGUGAAUAUGAUUUGAGGUUCCUAUUUUUCCCCUUCCCCUAUCCCCUAGCACAUGCUCAUGCAAUUGCCUUGCUUUGCUCCUGGAUUCCAAUUUAUUGCACUACUGCAAAGCUUUGGAACUGGUAUGGAAAAGUGUGGCCAUAUAAUGAAAACCGAAUCUGACUCACACUUGCAAAUGUCUAGAUGUGUGGGAGAGAGAGAACUUGGACUGUAUUUGUGCAAGUCACAUCUCACCUAAGUAUGGAUAAAUCAACCUAUUUCUGGUCUAUGUCACUUUUGUGCAUUAGGUCUGUUCUGUCCUGUUUACUCAUUAAUCUGCAAAUUUUAAAAAUCUCCAUGUAAGACACAUUUUAGCAAGUAUUUUUGGAAGUGUUUUCUCUCAGAAUAGCAUAUUCUUUUCUCGAAAUAUAGAUUUUAAUUCAUUUUUAUGAUUAUGUUUUUGCCAAAAGUUGCAUCAUAAUACUUGUAGCAGCAUGGAAUCCAAUGGAUAGCUGUUUUCCAGUGUGUUAGUCCAAGUGGUGCAGACCCCACCAGCUAAAAAUGGUCCAGUUUGCCUAGUAGUGUCAAAGUUCUCUCCAGCUCUUAGGCCAGAUUUCUUAGCUUAAAAAAAGAAAAGAAAAAAGGCAAAAGAUGGAGAACCCAUGGCUUUUGCAUAUCAUACCGGACUUCGGUUCCCAGCUGCCGCAGCAGCAUAACCAGCAGUUGGAGACGAUGGGAGUUGGAGCCCAAACAACAUCUGGAGGACCACAAGUCCUAUCCUUGUUUAUAUGCUCAGAAGAGCUCAAGGUUUCUAACAAGAGAGAUAAAACCAGAAAUUGACUUUUAAAAGCAUGUCAUAAACCAGCACUGAAACAGCAGCAAGAAAGUAAUAGACAGUAACCAAGGUGGCUCCAACCAAUUCAAUAAAACAACUAUUUACAAAACAAUAUCCUUCCUUAAAAAAGGUUAUUCUUCAGGGGUUUUUUGUCCAUUUUCUGCAAUCAUCAGAAUCAAGUGAAAAAGCUUUUCCUGGACUGUUGUUGCUGAAGGCUGUGGGGGGAGGGGCUUCAGGCAGAGGGAGGCAUAAAUGCUCCUCUGCAAAAAGAAAAAGAAAAUACCUUGAUGUAGGAAAACAGUGCAUUAGGGAGAAGGAUAAGCCCUUCUCCUUCACAUUCUUAUUUUCUGUGUGCAAGGAUUCCCCCUUCCCAACCCGAUGAACAAUGUAACCAUGUCACCCCUCAUCCUAAAGCCAUGAGGUCCAAGCAAAACAUUUCCACUUGAUUCUGCUGUUUGCAUAAACUAGCUCUCAAGAGAGAUUCUGGGGAUUGAACCUUUUGCCCCGUACAUAACAAAGCAUGUUAUGUACUGCCCAUCCCUGUUCGGAUGACAUAAGCCUGCAAACAAUAUGCCUGUAACCCAUCAUUCAGAUGGAAAUGGUAUAAACAGAUGAAGUGUUUGUUUAAAAGCAGUGUGGAGGCAUGGGGGAAGCGGUUUCUAUUUUUAACAUGUUGAAAUGAAAGUAUAGCUUCGGCUUCAGCGUUUGACACUCUGGGGACUUUGCAGACUACAAAACCUGAUGUUUUCCUUUUCGUGUUGUAUUCUUGCUAGUACUGAAGCCAGGUUCUGUAUCGUGAUACCAUGUCACUGCUGCAUAGUGGAACGGGGGAUAACAGCAUUCCUUUUCACUUAGUAGCAGGAAUUCACAGUGUUCAAACAAUAUAAAACAAAACAAUCAUCCCUCUGCUUCCACUGUUUAAGCCAUGAGUGUUGGUCUUCUGUAGCCAAAAGAGUGCCAAUCCAUGCACAAAAGGAAGGUAUCUUCAGGCUUUAGGGAACAGAAUGGAGUAUCUGGCAUCCUGAACAGGAGUACUCCACACUGUACCUUUUUUGUUGUAUAUCCCACUUGCAUAAAUGUAAAAUAAAUAAAUAAGCAAUUGCUGUGUAGAUAUGUGUAGAUCAGUAAUUGCCAUCCAAGUCAGUAGCAAACCUAGCAGAUAGCAAAGUCUGCCACUGAACUCAACAAGGUUUGCAUCUGUUGAAGCAUGCAUAGGACUGGGGUGUUGAACAGAUGCCCUAUAUCUCCCUUGUUCCCAAGGGUUUCCCAGUCCUCAGUAGUGGAUUUCAGGCCCUGUAUACCCGAAGGAGUGUCUCCACCCCCAUCAUUCAGCCCAGACACUGAAGUCCAGCUCUGAGGGCCUUCUGGAAGUGCCCUCAUUGUGAGGAGUGAAGUUGCAGGAAACUAGGCGGAGAACUUUCUUGGUAGUGGCUGUGGAACACCCUCUUGUCAGAUGUCAAAGAGAGAAAUAAUUAUAUAACCUUCCAUAGGCAUCUGAAGGCGGCCCUGUAUCAGAAAGGAUUAUGUCAGAUGUUCCAUUGUGUUUCAUAUACCGUAUUUUUCGGACCAUAGGACGCACUUUUUCCCCUCCAAAAAUGAAGGGGAAAUGUGUGUGCGUCCUAUGGAGCGAAUGCAGACUCCUCGGCUUCAGCGAUAGCAAUGUGAGCCUCCGAGCCUGCGCUCCGGAGGCUUCGCGUUAGCUCCGCUGAAGCCAGGAGAGUCUGCUCUUUGAGGCUGGCGGUGGGGAAGCAGCGCUUCCCCAUCGCCAGCCCCAGAGGAUGGGGGCAGCGAGAGGCGCGCGACGCCUUGCCGCUACCCUCCAACCCGGCUGAGGCUGGCGGUGGGGAAGCAGCGCUUCCCCAUCGCCAGCCCCAGAGGAUGGGGGCAGCGGGAAGGCGCGCGACGCCUGCCGCUACCCUCCAACCCGGCCGAGGCUGGCGGUGGGGAGCAGCGCUUCCCCAUCGCCAGCCCCAGAGGAUGGGGGCAGCGGGAAGGCGCGCGACGCCUUGCCGCUACCCUCCAACCCGGCUCGAGGCUGGCGGUGGGGAAGCAGCGCUUCCCCAUCGCCAGCCCCAGAGGAUGGGGGGCAGCGGGAAGGCGCGCGACGCCUUGCCGCUACCCUCCAACCCGGCUUCGAGGAUGGCGGUGGGGAAGCAGCGCUUCCCCAUCGCCAGCCCCAGAGGAUGGGGGCAGCGGAAGGCGCGCGACGCCUUGCCGCUACCCUCCAACCCGGCCGAGGCUGGCGGUGGGGAAGCAGCGCUUCCCCAUCGCCAGCCCCAGAGGAUGGGGGCAGCGGGAGGCGCGCGACGCCUUGCCGCUACCCUCCAACCCGGCUCGAGGCUGGCGGUGGGGAAGCAGCGCUUCCCCAUCGCCAGCCCCAGAGGAUGGGGGCAGCAGGAAGGCGCGCGACGCCCUCCCGCUACUCUCCACCCCUCCUUUGGGCUUUUGCGGGAGAUGGGGGAAUUCCCCCACCUCCCGCAAAAGCAGGCAAAAGCCGCGCGCUCUUUAAAGGGGCUCCGCGGCUUUUCUAGGAGGUGGGGGAAUUCCCCCACCUCCUAGAAAAGCCCGCAGGAGCCGCACACCCUUUAAAGAGCGAGCGGCUCUUGGGGGCUUUUCCCCAAGGAGGGAGAAGGGACUGACUGGCCGAGUCAGUCCCUUCUCCCUCCUGUGGGCUUUUGGGGAGAUGGGGGAAUUCCCCCACGUCGCGCAAAAGCCCGCAAAAGCCUCGUGCUCUUUAAAGGAGCUCCGCGGCUUCUGCUGGCUUUUCUACGAGGGGGGGAAUUCCCCCACCUCCCGCAAAAGCCCACAGGAGCCCCGCGCGACUCCUGCGGGCUUUUCCUCAAGAAGGAGAAGGGACUGACUGGCCGAGUCAGUCCCUUCUCCCUCCUGCGUGAGCUUUUGGGGGAGAUGGGGAAUUCCCCACCUCCCGCAAAGCCUCGUGCUCUUUAAAGGGCUCCGCGGCUCCUGCGGGCUCUUCAAGGAGGUGGGGGAAUUUCCCCCCUCGUAGAAAAGCCCGCAGGAGCCGCGCACCCUUUAAAGAGCGCGCCGCUCUUGGGGGCUUUUUCCCGAGGAGGGAGAAGGGACUGACUGGCCGUUUCAGUCCCUUCUCCCUCCUGGUCGAAAAGCCCGCAGGAGUCGCGCGGGGCUCCGGUGGGCUUUUGUGGGAGGUGGGGGAAUUCCGCCACCUCCCGCAAAAGCAGGGAGAAGGUCUUGGAGCAGCGGACAGGCUGCACGCAGCCUGUCCGCUGCUCCCAGAGCUGCGGGGGGGAAAUCAUAUUUUUUUCCUUGAUUUCCCCCCCUGAAAACUAGGUGCGUCCUAUGGGCCGGUGCGUCCUAUAGUCCGAAAAAUACGGUAUUCUGUUGGAAGCCAGCCAGAGAGGCUGGUACAACUCAGUCAGAUGGGUGAGGUACAAGUUGUUGUUGUUGUUGCUGCUGCUGCUGUUGUUACUACUACUACUACUACAACAAUUUAUUAUUUCAGAGGGCUACAGAGAGGGAGGGUGAGGUGGGAAAGCCCCAUUUUAUAAACACAACUCUUUUCAGGGAAGUUAAUAUCAAAGCCGUUGGUUGUAACUGAUGCAAGAAUAGAAAACGCUUAUCCAAAUGAUAAUCACUUAUAAUUUUUAUGUCCUUGAGAUUAAUUGGUAGUUAGUAUGUGUAGUUGUUUAAGCAGAUAAAUUACUGAGAUUCUUCCUGGCAAUUUUAGUUUCAUUUCUCUUUUGAAAACCUGUUAGACCUUUUAUUGCUUUGCUAUGUUGCUGGAGGGGAAGACAGUCUCUUGAAAAAAAUAAAAUAUACAUCCAUUCUUGUGGUCCAGAACUACCGGUAAAUGAGCUUUAACUACUAAUCUAGCCAUCUUUCAGUACUAUUCCAGUUGCAUAUUUUUUUGCUAACAACACCGCCCCCCACGCAUACAUAUACACCCUCCGCUUACAAGUACAGCUACAAAAUAUCUAUGUGGAGCUCCAUUUUGCUAGUUUGUAAUCAUUAUUAUCCUGCUUGUUUUAUUUUGUUUGCUUUUUUUAGAGGACUAAAAGCAUUCAACUAUGAGUCAUUCUGGGUGCUAUAAAAUCUACCAAAGCCUUUAAAUUUGUUUUUCUCUUGUCUUUUAAAAGCAUGAGCAAGUGAAUUUUAUUAUUUUGAUUCAGGGUUGGGAUGGGUGGGAAAUUAAUUUAUUGAAACUGACUGAUGCUUUUGGCUCAUUGCAUCCCCUUGACUUUAAUAUUUUUGCUUGUGUGCUAUGUUGUUAGCUGGUUCAUGUGUUGUUCCAUUUCCAUUCUGAAAAAAGUAGCACAGAGUAUGUUAUAUUUAUCUUGUACAUCCUGCUUUGCCCGAUAAGAGAGCAGGUGUCAGUGCACGCCAGUCAACAUGGUACCCUGUUAUCCUGAACAGCAAAAACUGGUGUAGCAUGUGCAGGGGGGGCAGUCAUGGCCUCCUACUUUGUUUUGACAAGCAGAUUCACACAGUUAGUUAAUAUGACCAAAGAAAGACAGAGUUAAACCAUUCUCUUCCAGACUAAAUGCAAAGUGUUUGUAUUUUGAAUUUAAGUCCAGAGUCAGCUGCAAAAGGAGAACCUAUUCAACAUUCUUCAAUGAAUAUGAAAAGUGCAAUGCAUCAAGCUGAUUCGACCUGACAGCUGGCUUGAUCUUGUCGUGAUUAAGUCUUUCACUGCUGGCAAAAUCCACUAGCCUUUUCUGUUUGCUGAUUGCUGAUGACUGCAGAGAGACAGCUUUUCCUAUUGAUAAAGGAUUGUGGGGGCAGGGGCAGGGCAGGUUCUGUGCAUGACAGAAAAAGCUACAAAACUUACCUGAUAAUGAUUAAUUUUUCACAAAUUGAGAAUGAGGGUUUACCUCCUGUAAGAUUUGUGCCAAGUUAGCUUAUAGACAGCAGUUAUUGUGUUUGGGAAAUCCGAGGUAGGUAUGGAUGGGGAGAUGGAGUUGAAGCAUGUUGAAAAAAUGCAAGAGUUCACAGCUGAUGGGCAAUGCAGCAAAAUAAAAGUUUGCUCUUUUGACAUUACAUGGGGAAGUUGCCAGCAGGUAAUUACUCUUCCUAUUUUUUCCCUUUUUUAAGAAACUAUUUCUUUUUCAUGCUUGACACACUCUGAUGUUUCCCACUGAAUUUUAAUGGUAUAGAAACAAAUUGUUUUAAUAACCACAGUUAACUCUGAAAAUGUUUGUUGAAUUACAGAAGCUGGGGCAUAUUAGUUCCAUGCAAGAUGCAAAUUAUAAAGUUUUGUGUCAUUAUUUGCUGAAUUUCAGCUAAACUGUUGAAAAAGAGGAUGGAGGAGAGGAUGCAAGAGGGACAUAGCAAUGUUAUGGUGUCUCAUGGUAACAUAUUCAGUCGUAAGGCUGUUUUCAUGUCUUUGUUUUCCGAAAUACCUUUAUGGUUUUGAUGUUUUGCAUCCUCUCCAUAAAUAUUUCCUUAACACAACUGUGUCAGGAAAACAAAUUAUAAAGUAGUAACUAUGUUAUUUAAGAAUCAUGUAAUGAGUCUUAACAUUAGUGGGUUAGAGCAUAUCAAAAUAAGAUGGCAUUUUCUCUCACUUAAUAUCCAGAAAAAUCCAGUUUCAGACGUUUCUAUUUAUAGAAAUUGUGCCUGUUUGUAUUGCUUGAUGAGGCAUUUCUAUUACUCAUAUACUGCUUUUGAGUAAAGAAUUAUGGUAAACAAGUCAUAACAUUUUGCCCUGCGUUUUUCAAGUUAGAUAAAUGGAGAAUGAAAACCACAUCUUUAUUUACCAGUUUUAAUUCUCAGUAGCUUUGUAAGUAUCACUUUACACAGUGCUAUAAACAACCCACCCCACUUUCUCUCUAUAGCUGCUUUAGAAUUAAUUUGUAGAAACUGCUUUUAGCUGUUGGAACUGAUUACUAGUGAUACUUAUUUGCUUGUGCAGUAGACAGUUGUCAGAGAGAGUUGUAGGGUAUUUGUGUGUUGUAUUGUAUAUGUUCCAGUGCCCCAGUAGCUAUAGUUCCCCCCUAAAGAAGAGGAAAGACACUGCAUUUACAGUUUGUAAAUUUAUUUAUUUAUAUAUUUUAUGAAAGCUUCUUGAUUGUAGAAAAAAACUCAAAGCAUUUUACAAAAAUAAAAUAAAAGAAUCACUAAAAGAAUUACAACCAUAAUUGAAAGCAUAUGAAAAGUUAAAACCAAAAAAGAAGAGACUAAAACAUAUUGAAACACAUCCAAACUUUCUAAGCAUCUGGGUAAGCUUGUCUAAAUAAGAAUGUCUUCAGCAGGCACUGAAAAGAAUACAGUGAAGGCACCUGCCUGAUAUCAACAGGCAGGGAGUUCAAAAGUGUCAGUGCUGCCACACUGAACAAUCAAGUUCUUGCAGAUGUGGUUGAAUUAGAAGUUGUAAAUGAUAGGAUAUCUGAAAGCUGGCAUCUGAAGUCUUCUCAGUAGUCCUAAGCCUUGUUUCAGGAAGCUUUUAGGUUUUUUGUAUGCUUGUUGGAAGCUGCCCAGAGUGACUGGGGCAACUCAGCUAGAUGGGUGGGGUAUGAGAAAGAAAAAAAUUUAUUAAUGUAGACUGAGCUAAAUGUGUCAGCGUUUGGUGGUGGGUGAUGCUAAUAGCGUAGCAGCUCUAUUAAUUUCUGGGACUUACUUUAUAUGGGAAAAUGUAUAUUUUACAGAUAAAAUCUGAUAGACACAGAAAUAGGAUGAUGAUUUUCUGAAGAGUAAAGAGUCCCACUUUACUAGUACAAGUUAAAUGAUUGCAUACUUUUUAUAAUAUCAUAGUAAUGUUAAAAAAGUUUCCAAUCUAGAUAUAAAGGGUUAACCUGUGUCAAUAGUUCACUGGGUAUAUUAUUUUUAUUUUUAAUUCCAAAAACUGUGCUUGAUUUAUCUGAAUUUGAUCAGCCUGUUUCUUUCUAUGAAGUUAAGCAAGAGGCACUGGUGUUAUCAUCGGUUUUCCAAAUGGAUUGUGCUGCUGGCAUUUUCUGACCUAAUUAAAAAGACAGAGCUGUGGAUGAAACCAUCAAGUGAACAAUAACGCCAUGUACAUUGUGAGCAGAUAGUGUUCUAGUUCAAGCAGAACUAGAUAUUCCUUCCAUCUGAGUCAAACAUUGAUAGCACAGUCUGCUUGCUAUAGGAACUGGCAGCUAGGUGAUUACAAAAUAUGAAAUUCUAGUUUUGACCUUGAAAAGGAAUUCUUGCCCUGGUAGGGAUCACCUUCUAUCACUCUAAAGAGCAAGGCUUAGUUUAUGCUAGGGUACAGUCUGUUUUGAGUGUUGGUAUGUAGCCCCAGGAGCCAACUGAUAAGUCAUAGCAGAGCACAGUCAAAGUAAACAUUGCGCAAAACACAGGGACUAUGCAAAUAGCUUCCAUACUUUGGAGAGGAAUACACUCCCAUUUCCCCAAGCUUGAGACCCAGCAAAUGUCUUGCCUUUUUAGUGGCUUAGAUUUCAUGAAGCCUUGAUUCAUUAGAGGAGGGGAAAGUGUUUCUCAUUUCUGUAGAGGGGUUGGGGGCCUCCGUACAGUCCUUGGACUUCACCCUGGCCUAAGCCCCUCCAUAGCUCUGAUCUGUGCCCUCCUAAAGUGCUUUUGCUUGGCUGGCAUGUGUCUUUGAACUGUGAUAAUGCCUUUUGCUUGCCUGGAUGAAUAAUGGAGAGAUGUGCGUGUAGAAACCUCUGACGUUUGUGUGGCUGGAAUGUAACCUACUGUACAAACGUAAAAGGAACACCUACUGCUCUGCCCACUUUUGGCUCUGGCCUUGCCCACCACCGUCAUGCAACCGCUGAAAGAUUGCACAUCAGGCAGUGUAGUCAUUGGACUAAAAAAAAGAGGCUCUUACCACCUAUUAAACAGUCUGGAACUUGGGAGCUGCCUUAAUACUGAGGCAGAUGAUUUGGUCCACUUAACUUGGUAUUGCCUGCGCUGACAACAGUGGCUCUCCAAUGUUUCAGGAAGAAGCUUUUUCCAUCCCUGCCUUGAGAUGCCAAGGAUUGAACCUGGUUCCUUUUGCAUGCAAAGGUCUGCAUCUCUAGCUCCUCUGAGCAGCAUCAACCUUCAGGAACAUUUUUUUGAGGUGUUUCAGAGAUAUCAUUUUGGAUCCAAGCCAGACAUUAUUUUCUGCUGCUAGUAGAGCAGAAGCAUAAAGAAUUGAAAAUGUUGGUGUAGGAUGAAGCAUCUCCACCAUGAAUCUUUGAGGGUAGUCAUGUGUUCUGUGUCUUUGAGGGUAGAUUUAUCUUUUCAGAAGUAUGGGCUGGCAUUUUGGUGCCUAUGGCAUUGUGUGGACAUGCAUAGAUUCCCCAUUAAACUGUCAUCUGAAAGUAUACUUAAACUGCUUCCUUUUCCUUAGCGUAAGUUCACAAGGAAAAUGUUUGGCAAAUCCUUCCUCUUAAAGGCUGUGUGAGUAGCCAUUAUUUUCUUCCCUGUUCCUGAAUUGAUAAAUAAGGAAGGAUGAUUCCCAUUGUCUCAGGUACUGACUGUUCUCCUACAGUUCUGGAGAACUGUGACACAUUGUUUGUGCAAGGACAUGCAUCUAGUGUGUGGGCCAGGUGAAUUCCCCCACAUGGUAUGCACUGUAGAAGGGUAUUAUUUCAGUAUUUGUAGCUGUACUUUAUCAGGAGGGGUGCUGUAACUUGGCUUGCUGAUAUGAAAUUAUUCCUCUCGGAAUGGUCACGUCCUGUCAUACUGUACAUCAACACCAACAAAGCUGCAGGGGAAAAUGCAAUCUGAAAGCUCUAAAUGAGGGACUAAGAGUUAGCUCAGAUUCACACUUUUUGUGGUACAGGUGUUUGCUGCAUGUUCAGCAGUGUCUGGGAAGGCAAAUGUUACAAAGUAUGAAGUUGGAUUAUGUAUUUACAAACCACAUGGGUGCAUGCCAGGGAAUGCCUUUUUUGAACCCACUUCAUUGUUAUGUUGCUUGCUGCUCUAAACACUGACACCUGUUUGGCAAACAUCUUUGACAAAUAAAGUGUAAAUCAGCCCUUAAUGGUUGUUUUAGAAAAUAAAGGUAAUAAGAUGAGUCAACACUCAGAAGCUUAGCAGACCCUUCCUCAACCUUGGGCCCCCAGAUGUUGGUCCCCAGAUGUCAGUCCCCCUCUUCCCAAGCCAGUAUGGCCAGUGGUCAGAAAUGGUAGAUAUUGUAGUGCAACAGCUCUGAGGAAAGCUGGGCUAAGCUGGGGCUAAGAUACUAGGCUUAGUGACUGCAUUAUUAUUUUAAUAAUAUAUUCAGUGGCUGUAUUCUGAGCAGCCUUAGGAAUUUUGUCUAUGUGCAACAGUGGGGCAGGCAUAAACACCAAAUACUAUUUUUACAAAAGGUUUUUGUUCAUUGCUACCAAACUAGUGCCAUUUUAGGUGCUCUGUUGCAGAGCGAGAUUCCUCAGAUUUCAACAAAGAAGAAAUGUGUAUAAGUCAUCAGAAUGUUAAGCCCGGAGUGAAUUUAUGGAAUCUGUGGGAGUAUAUAUCUUUUGCCGAAGGUCUUGUGUUUAUUUUAAGUAUAUGUUUAAAAGUAGGAGGUGCAUUUUUCCAUUGGUGGGAGCAAGAAGGUUUUAUGUCUUACAUAUGAUAGGCUCGGGUUUGUUGUGAAAGGUGAGUGAUGUCAUUUUGAGAUCUACUAAUAGCUAGCGUGAGCACAGCAGGAAGUUAGUUACCAGAGAGAGCUCUGAAAAGCUAACGUCUAGAAACGUUUGGCUCUCUUCUCACGGAACUUGAUCUAACAAGAGAACUUCAUAUGGAUUAGCAGGAUUGCAAACUUUCCUGAACUUCAUCUGCAAUUUUGUUUGAACUUUAGCUGUGAAUUAUAAUGAGUGAGAUUAAAAGCAGGAACUUCAGUGAUUAAGUAGAGCUUUCAAAAAAGAGCUGCUUGCUGGAGGGUUCUUCUAUAACAGUUCUCCGAUGUUCAGAGGCUUAUCUGUCCUUCUUUGGAGGCCUAAAAUACUGGUUCUAACGGUACAGUUCUGUGGCUGAAGAGGAAUCUGGCUUGUUCUCCCUCAACCAUCUUUUGCCAUGUGGAUGGAAAGGAAGCAGCUGAGAGUAAAACUACAGGUUUAAAUCUUUGUAUGUUUUUCCUUUCCCCUUCUCUUCCCCAGUGCUAAAUAGUUACUGUGAAAGACACAGAUGGUAAAGAUUUGUGUCCAAAGUAAACACAGUAAUGUUACAGAAAGUAUGCUUGUAACUAAUAGCCACUGUCCUGGUUUGUUAUUUUGUUAUCUUUUGUCAAGGGUGUGAAAUUGCAUUCUUUGGAAUUAGUUUCGUUGUCUGUAGCCACUUUCUAUUGCGGACUAUUUUACAGGAUAAAGUUAAUUCCAUAGACGUAUACUGUGAAGUUACGUUUAGUCAAAUGCUAAUGAGUUUAACGUACUAUCAUUUUAUAUAUAAUGCAGGUUAUAUAAUAUUAAUAUGACAUUGAUUAACAUGAUAUAACUUUUAUUAUAUAACUUAUUAUGAAGAACACUAGAGCAGUACUAUAAGAAUUUAAGAUAAUAACCUGAUUGAUUGAGUUCAUUGUGAAAAAUAUACUUUGAAAUGAGUCUAGCACUUAGAUUAUUCUUUUAAAAAAUAGGAUUGUGUUGAUUUUGAAAGCCAACAUUCUUAGCUUUCAGCGUACAUAACCUGAUGCUCUUCUGUGUCUCAUUUUUGUAAAAUCCCAUCAGUGCUUCCUAAAGUGACAGUAACUGAUGAUCCUUACCAAAACCAUAGUUUGUAGUCAGAUGACAUCAGGGCUCCACCAAGGCAAACAAUGGAGCUCUGAGUGCGUCAGAGACCUGUGGGUAGCGAAGCAGACCCUGCAGUGGAAUGUGAAUGUCAAAUUUUGAUAGCCUUCACAACCUGCUAGGAACAGUUUGUUCUUUUGGCAUCUCUCAUAAGAAUAUCUUGAUUUUUUAUUUUUGUUGUUGGAAUUUGUAAAUGCUCCAUGGGUUGCUUUUAGGAAAAAAACCCGCAGCAAUGCACAUUUCAAGUUCUGCUUAUAACAUAAAUUUAUAUGUUACAUGUAGUAUUGAGGAUCAACUGUGUGAGCUCUGUGUAAAAUGAUAACUGUAGGAAUAAUUGAAGGUAGAAAGCCUUCAUUAUACACAACUUAAAAAUUGAAUCAGACUGCAAGUGAGGUUUUCCUCACAAUUUUUUCUGAUUCUUACUGUUCUUGUGUUUCAUCUUUUUGUGGGGGAGAAAUGUUUACUUCAGUUUUUAACCUUUAUUUUGUUGCAGAAUGGUUGCCUAAAGUUAGUCAACCACCAGUUUUUCAAACCAUCUGCUGCUUAUUUUUGUGCGAGGACUGUGUGUGUCCAGCUUUGUUAAUUAGCUCACAAUAGUUGCUAGCCUUCAAAAAUGUUCUCUAGCCUGCUGAGAGCCAGCAGAAGAGGGAUGGAGGGGUCCAUUUCUCUUGCAAUAGCCUGCUGCAUUUCUGUGCUGAGAGAAGAGGAAAGGGCUUCUCUACUCUGGCAGUCCACUUGGUUUCUGUGUUCAGCGCAGUGGAGUGCAGUUUCAUGCACUCCAUGCCUGUGGAACUAUGCCUUGGGGCAACCAGGGGGAGGGCCUCCUCUGUCAUGGUACCCAGUUUAUGGAACCAUAUCACCUGGCUUUAAAGCAGGCACCAACCUUGUUGAGUUUUUUUGCACCUCCUGAAAACACAUUUAUUCACCUUUGGAAUUUACCCUGAGAACUAUUUGAACUGAAUAGUUGCAUUUUAGUAUGUAUUUAUUAUACAGUUGUACCUUGGUUUUCAAACUUAAUCAGUUCAGGAGUCCGUUCGACUCCUGGAACCAUUCGAAAACCAAGGCGCAGCUUCCGAUUGGCUGCAGGAGCUUCCUGCACUCAAUCGGAAGCCGCAUUGGAUGUUCGACUUCCAAAAAAUGUUCGCAAACCAGAACACGUACUUCUGGGGUUGCUGUGUUUGGGAGCUGAUUUGUUCGGGAGCCAAGCCGUUCGACAACCAAGGUGCUUUUGUACGGUUUUAAAUUUUUGUUUAAUGCACUGACCUUUAAGGUUGUAAGCUGCCUUGGGAUUGAUUUGGAAGAUGGUAUAUAAACAUUUUAAGAAGUAAAGUAAAAAUAAAGCUACUAAUUUUGAUUUGGGUAUCAAGGCUGGAUGAAAUUUGUAAACUACUGCAUAAGGUUUCAUCUAAAAUAGUGUUUCCCAAACUUGGGUCUCUGGCUGUUUUUGGACUACAGUUCCCAUCAUCCGUGACCACUGGUCCUGCUAGCUAAGGGUUAUGGAAUUGUAGUCCUAAGCAGCUGGAGAUCCAGGUUUGGGAAACACUGAUCUAAAGACUAAGACAGCAAUCCUAACCCCUACAUCUGCUGAUUGGAAGUGGUGUUAAGAUGGGGCAGAAGUGCCAUUCGUCCAGUACAGAUGAACCACACAGGCGAAGGAGAGCCACAGUUAUGAUUAUGUAAAAUUUUGCAAACAUAGAUCUACCGCUGGCACUCUUUUCAUAUGCAGUAAGCCCUAAAUCAGAGCAUUCCGAAGGCAGGAUGGAGGCAGCUGAAUCCAAAGCCCUUCCUUCAUUCCCAUGUGAUCAGGCCCUCAUUUAUUUAUCACAUUUAUAUCCCACCUUUCCUCCAAGGAAUUCAGGGUGGUAUACAUGGUUUUCACCUCUCUAUUAUAUAGUCACAACAACCAUCCAAAACAAGAUUUGAAACUUUUUUGAAUUGCUUGAGAAUUGAUAUAGGAAAAACAGUAAAAAUAAAAACACUCCCAAUGCAAGACACACAAAAAAAUGGUUCAGUUAAUAAGCAUAAUAUCCCACAGUGAUCCCUCCAACAAAGAGCCAAAGAACCCAUUGGCUCCAACCUCUGGCAACAGAAGCAUCUGAGCAGAAGGAGCAAGUAGCCAGCUUAGUGGAAAGAGCAAGUAGCCAGCUCAACUACCUUUGCAGUUACUUUCUCUCUGCAUUUUGUGCUGCUUUUAUGAAAUGUGAAAGUCAUUUCAGCAGACAGCAGCAUGCCCUAAGCAUAAGCUUCUAUGCUGUAGUUGUAAAACAUGAAGCAACCAUAUAUUUAUGUGUACAUGAUUAUGGGAUACUAGUAGAUUAAGGAGUUUUGAAAGUGAUGGUUUGGGACUCCAUUGAUUCAUGUAAGUGUUCCUCCCUCUCAGGGAACAUUUUGUUUUUCUGCUUCAGUAUCUCCAUUUGAAAACUCUGCUCCUGGGUUACUGCUCGGAGGCAUUUAAACUCCUGGGACCAAGCACUGCUUUACUCUUGCUGCUUUACACUGCUUUACACAGGUGGACCGUGAUGGCACAUUAUUUUGGUCUCUGCUCCUCAGUCUUUGUUUCGUUUUAUCGUGCUGCCUUAGUCUCUUACAUGCAAAGCAGUGCUCCACGUUCAAUAGUCAAACCAUCUUGUAUUUUAUAGAAAGCAUAUAGGAAUGCAAACAGAAUUCCAUAAUGUCAUGUAUUGUUCAUGUAUGUAAUUAUAUUUGUUUUAAUUAACACCACGUUUGUACUUUCAUUUUUACUUUAUCCACUCACUGUUUUCUUCCUUUUACAUAGUUGAACUUUCAUUUCCUUUUAGUGGGGAUUUCUAGGAGGACGUUGGGGAACCAGUAAAUAAGUUACUAGCUUUUUAUUGAAGAAUGAGCUUUGUUUUGGUCCUCAUUAGAAAUUGCUUUUGAAGUCCUGUUAAGUAGCAAAAUGCUGCUUAAAGAACAGCUUGCAAGGAAGCUCUUAGUAGCUGGGAUGCUAUUUGUGAAGGCCUCACUGGUCCUCUGGCAGAAUUUGUUGACUAAGAUUUCCCACCUGAGCAGCUUUUGCUAUUAAGUGUAAGAGUUUCUGUGUCCUUUCUAGGACUCUUAGAAGUGGAGUAGAGGAAUUCUGGGAUGGCAAAGACAGUAUAUAUUGAACAUUAAUCUCUGGAGGACAAAAUAGUUAAUAAGAAGAGGAAAUAACCUCUUAACAUAAAGGAGAAAAAAGCACACACAUUUAGGAACAAAAACUGAGAAGCUGAAUAGAGUCUGAAACAAAUUAUCCAUUGGGAAAUUUUAAUAUUUUCAGUACUUCCUAAUGGCAUCUUUUUUUCUCUUUAUAAAGCCAGUUCCUUAGCUGUUGUAGCCUGAUCACAUUGGGCUACCUUGGAAGUGUGUUUACCUGCCCUCUAGAUUUGUAAACACAGUUCUGCUAUUCAUCUCCCCCCUCCACACACACAUUGAAGUAAAUGGUAGCCUUUCAUGUCGGUGGGGGAAAGGAAAGCAUUGGACAGUGGUGGUUUUGUAUCUUAUUUGGAUUACAUUGCUUUAUUAUUUAUUGUAAACCACCCAGAGAACUUUUUGUUAUAGGGUGACUUACAAAUCCUACAAAUAAAACAAAAUCUAUGAUUCCCACUCACCUCUACCCCCACCACCCAUCAGCUGUAGUGUGGGCUGCAUGAAGGAAUUCCAGUGUUUCCUUCCCCUUAUCCCUCAAGGUGAUGCCUAUCAUCAUGUAUUGGCAGAAAAGGUGGGAUCAGUCCUUCAUGAGAUUUUCCUGUUUCAAGGGUGGUAGGUUCAUCAUCUAUGAAGGCAUGCUUCAGUCUCUGCUGCAGCCCUGUAGUGCGCCACACCAUGCUUGUCAUACAAACUUAUAUUUUCAAUAAUAUGAAAGAGCGCAAAGGGCAGGCUGCUUUCAAAAUUGUGUUAAGGACAGUUUAUUGCAGAAAAUGGUCAACUGUUAAUGUGUGGCAACUAAAAUGUGGAAAAAAAUUAUGAGCAUGCACAUAGCGUAAUGACAGAAUAAUGUUGCUUCUCUUUAUUCUCUGCAGGUUGGAAACCCACGUGUUGAACUCACACUUUCAGAACUUCAGGAUAUGGCUGCCAGGCAACAGCAGCAGAUUGAAAAUCAGCAGCAAAUGCUGGUUGCCAAGGUAAACUGCACUUCCAGUAACAAGGGGAAGGAAAGAACAGAAAAUGUGCUGUUUUCACAGAAGGCUCUAAAUCCCAGUAGUACAGAAAAUUUGCAAAUUGAGAACAGAAAUGGCAUUAAUCCUGUGUGUGAUGACAUGUUGCCUUAGUUGUAGGUCUCAGGUCUAGGGUCACCUAGUCCAUCGGUGAUUGAGGCUUUAUGGUUAUCAACAGAGGUCCACCUACUGACUUGAGCAGAGACAAAAUUUCAGUGCUAGUGUUCUUAACCCUUCUGAAAUAAAGUCCUGUUCAGCGUUUUGUUCAGUACAGUGAUUUGCCACCAUAAUCAUGUUAUAAUAUCACUGUCACUUUGCUUUUAAAUGGAAGAAACAAUAUCUACAAGGUGAAGUCUCUGUUGAGUUAGAGGACAGAAGUGAAUUGAGAAGAGUUUAGUAGUUUAGUGUUGGGGUUUUUUUGUUUUUUGUUUUUAAAAAACCUCAGGAGAAAAAGGAAGCAUUUCCCGUAUUUGUUUAGUCCAUAGGCUGUCAUUCUAAAGAAGUGGCAUUUAUCUUGCUCCAGAUCUCCUUAUCUUUGUCUGUUUGUAGUUUUCUGCUAGUCAUUAUUUCCUCUGGGAAAUUAUGUAAUGGGGGGUUGGGGAGCCAUUUUGCUGCAGGAGGAAGCGUGUUUGAGGAACAGGAAGUACAAGUUGCAGGAAACUUCACAGAUGUGUUGGAAUGAAUGUUUCAGCUGGAGCUUGUUUUUGUGUAGAUGAGAGAUUUGAUUUUGUAGCUUCAGAAAUGAAGGGCCUGGUAUCUCUUGGAGGAUACAACUGGGAGGCCCAUAAAAACUUUACAUUAAUAGGUUCUUAAAAGAUUAGUUCAUGCUUAAUAUAUGUUUAAUAUAUUUGUUUCUAGACUGAAGAAGUAUGCAGGUAAGAUUUUCCUAAUUUAAACACUGGCUGACUCACACUGGGGUUUUGUUUUGUUUAGAAGUAAUAGGCAAGUGACUGGUAAUGCUUUUCUAAAAAUAAGACAGCAUGAUUACAUGUUCUACUUGUUUUGAUAGGAACAACGUUUACGUUAUCUCAAGCAGCAAGAACGCCGUCAACAGCAGUCUGUGUCUGAGAGUGAAAAGCUUCAGAAACUUAAAGAACGAAUGGAAACCCAGGAGACAAAGCUGAAAAAAAUCCGUGCCAUGAGAGGGCAGGUGGAUUACAGCAAGAUUAUGAACGGCAAUUUGUGUACGAGUGGCUUCUUCCCAUUUUUUUAAGCUCUUAGGUUCUUGGCCCAGAGGUUGAUUGGGGGCCAGGGCUAACAAUAUAGUUGAGCUACUGCUGUCGGCCAGUUGUAUGGGGAAACAUUAACACGAGUCAUUCAGAACAUGGAGUCCUCUGGAAGCCAUUUUCACUAUUUUGAGUGCACUUUUCCAGUUGCCAUAAUGAAGGGAACAUGUUUCAGCCUAGUAAGCAUCCUGCAUUAGGCACACGAGCAGAAACAUGCCGUUCUGUAGCAUUUCAGAAUGUCUUUUCAGCAUUCUCAGACUCUCACAUUUGCUAUUUAUUUAUUUCAUAAAGUUUAUACACUGCUUGGUUGUAAAAAACCUCCAAGCAGUUUGCAAAAGGUAAAACAGCCCUACUUAAAAAAAAAACAUACAAAAGUUGAAAUACUAAAACAGAUUAAUAUCAGUCUGAAAUCUUAUUAAUGUGAAUUGCUUAUAUAAUGUGCUGAUUGUAAGGAACAGAAAUUAAUGGACCUCACAUAUCUUAAUGUUUCAGGGACUCUGGAAUAUUAACCAGGAAACCCAUAGCAUGAGGCAUUCAAUUGUGUCCCUGCAAUUGGCUUGUGCUAGAUCUGAUCAGCAGAGCAUUGCCUUCUGCUUGCUGCACCUCAAACUCCAGCAGCUGAUUCGGGGGGUUGUGGACUGGGGAACAUAAUAAUUUAAAGUCCAAUUUAGGCAUGACCACUUAAUAGCCUUAUCCAGACAGAAUCAACCACAGCACUUUCCUUGGCCCCCACCAGGGGUGCCAACUCGAAUAAAAUAUGGGGGGCAGAUAAGUCCCACCCCGCAUAAUCGAUCAAAUGAUGUUGUGCAUGCACAUUUCAAUGGCAGUGCCCAUCAACCUGGGGGAACAUCCCCCUCAAGUAUUUUAUUGUGGGGGCCGAAGCCCCCACGGCUCCUAGGAGUUGGUUCCUAUGGCCCCCACCCCCAAAUUAUUUUGCUUAUAAGCUUCAUUCUGCAGCAGCCCAGAGAAAAUAUUUGAACAGCGUUGCUUAUGGCCUCAUGCUCAUUUCUCUUUCUGUGUGUUUGCAUUCAUUCUGCAUUUUAAUUGCAGCCACUGAAAUUGAACAUAUCAGUGCCAUCUUCCAGGAAAAGCAACAAGAGUUACAAGCUGCAGUGUUAAAGGUGGACCAGCUUACUCAACAGCUAGAGGACCUGAGAAAAGGGAAGCCGAACGGGUUCCAGUCUUACAAUGGACAGAUGACAGGGCCUGCCGCUGUAGAAUUAAAAAAAUUGUACCAAGAGCUACAGGUAAACAAUCAAGACAUUCACUUUACAUAGUGCCAAUGAACAAAACUGGGGCUUUCUUCUAUUUAGUGUCAGUUAAAAUGCAUCUCAAUUAAAACAUAGCAGUUACAAGGCACCAAGUAAAAUUGUUUUAGGGCCAUAUCCAGGCUCCCAGUUGGUCAUGCCUCCCCAUUACCAUUGUAAGCAAUUGAAUAAAUAUUUUCCUUUCAUCCCUCUUCUAAGAAAGAAAAGCAGUAUUACAAUCGGGCAUUUCAGCUGGUGUUUCAUUCACAUAUUAAGCACUAUAUCUUCUUAGAAGUAAGUCUUUGUGAGUUCAGUGGGGCUUACUCCCAGCUAAAUGUCUAUAAGAUGACUGUCAGGGAAGAGUUAGAAGUUUCCAGUUUCUCAGAGGGAGAAAGCAUUCGCCAAGGGGGGAAGGAGAGCAGUGAAUCUAAUAGAAGAGAGCAAGAGGAACAACAGGGAGGGAAUGGCUGUUCACAGGAAAGGCAUGGGUUAAGUUCUAGCUCAGAUUCGGACGAGGGGUACAGGCCAGCUCUAGCCAGGAGGUUAGAAAAAAGAGCGGGAAAGCGAAGGGAAGGGCGCCUUCGCCAUCUUGAGAGUGGCUGGUCAUGGAGAAGCAGAGCUCAGAAGGUAUCUGAAAUAAGUGACUCUGAGGAAUAAUAGUUAAGAACUGUUUAUAAGAUUGUUUUGUUAAUACGCAAUAAAAAGUUUUAUAAAAGAACAAGAAGCGUUUGUGUGGUGAUCUGAAGAGGACAACGACCAGUCCUGACAAUGACAUCCUUUAUUUGGAAAUGGACAAAAUCCAGCAGCACGACUUUUAUACUGGAAAUCAUAUCCUAAUCAAAUUCCUUAUAAAUUAAGGAAGGUUUUAUAUUACUGCUUUUCUUUUCAGUGUUCUUUAUAUAGUUUUGAUGUUUUACUUAGGUGCUUUUAAUUGAUUGCACGCCGUAUUUAUUCAUGACUGAACAGGUGCUUUCUGGGAAAUGAAAGUAUUUCAGAAGGGGUUACAAAGAAGUAUAUAGAUUUUAGUUUCUGCCCCUGAGCACAAUCCUUAGAAAUCUAUCUGAAAGAAAUAAAUUGGACUUACAAGCAAGUAGAUGUAUUUAGUCUUUAGGCAUGUGUUAAACUACCUAGGCUUGACUCCAAAGAACUAUACAAUUAAUAUUGUAUGCCCAAUAGAGCUCUGGACUUGUUUUUUCUUAUACAGCAGUUCCCCACUAAACCUCUUAAGCUUCAAAAGGCAGUUUGUUGUCUAGCAUAACUAUUCUGCUAUUUAAAUGAAAAAUAAUUCCAGAGGGCACACACAGGACAUAGCUGUUUUUUCUACAGAUUAUUGAGUUUUUUUACCUUUAAAAACAACCCAAACUGAAGUAGUGAUAAUCACUCUGUUUAUUUAUAGAUUCGUAACAGGCUUAAUCAGGAACAGAACACCAAGCUUCAGCAGCAGAAAGAACUUCUGAAUAAGCGUAACAUGGAGGUUGCCAUGAUGGACAAGCGUAUCAAUGAGCUACGUGAGCGCCUAUACAAGAAAAAAGUUGAGGCACGUCAAAAAGAAAACAUCCCUGUAAGAUAAACUAUUAAAAGGGCCACAUUUCAAUACUUCUACAAAGCUCAUCAAGCUUCAUCAAGUUUCCAUUUCCUCUAGCCCCAUAGAAGUGAAUAAUGCAUUACUUGUGUUUUGCCAAAAUCUGCUGCGGUAAUAUGAGAGUAUAAAUUGAAUGUGGGGUCAUGUAGACAUGAGUUGAAAUUUAGUGAUAAAAUAUUAGUUCCUGCACAGGAGUACUUUGGUGGCCAGGAUAGGAAUGGUAGACUCUUUAUUAACUUUUUCAAAAUUGAGUUUGCUGAAUUACAUAGGCAGUAGAAACUUAAUUUCCUAAUAAUCUCAUGAGUUCCAUAUUAUGCAGACUUUGCAGCUCUAUGGCAUGGAACCAAAAGGGAGAAGGGGAUAUAUUAUAUUAUGCUUUUUGGUGCCUUCUGAGAUGAAAUGCUUUCCACAUUCCCAGUAGUUGGGAAAGAGAGAUAAUAAAACGGAAGCGGAACCGUUAUUAACGUUGUUUAUGAACGUAAAAGAGAAAAUGCCCCAGGGGUGAGGGAGGAGAGGAGGAAGGGCUAAUGGGUUUGAACCCCAGAGAGAAGCACACUGUAAUUCUUCUAUAACUCUUCCUUUUAAAAAGAUUCUGCAGAUAUGUAGACACAUGCUGAUAUUGAUGUUAACACACCUUUUGAUUUGCCAUUUUUUAGUUAAACCGGAUAAAUGGAACAUCCUCUCCUCAAUCGUCGUUGAAUGCUUCGGGCAGAGUUGCAGCCGUGGGGCCAUACAUUCAAGUUCCUAGCUCCAGCAGCUAUGCUGUGCCAGUUGACCCAGUGAAACCACAGUCCCUCACUAUUACUACUAGUGCAACUCACGGAAGAUCGAAAUCUGGUAAGCAGUUCACAAAAACAAGUACAUUGUUUUGUACAGUAGAAGGUGACAAAGGAGUUGCCUUUGGGGAUGAUCAUCAGUCCCUUCCAUAAGGUGGAAGGGAUUAGGACCCCCAGAGCUCACUUUCAUAUUGAACAAACUCGUUUGUUCAGUCAUUUGACAAAAACAUGAGUCGAGCUGCUUUCUGCUUUGUCCCAAAGUUACUAUUAAAUGCCUCUGUGGUUUGCCAAUAUGAUGUUGUACCAUAUGCAACUCCUACAUUAAGUAUGGCUGUGAUUAAAAGUUCAUAUUUAAUUGCAAGAAGAACAAUUCUGAUGUGAGUAUUGUGACAGAAGGGGAGUGUUCAGGAGAGCCUCUCAUGUCCUUCCUUGCAGAACUACCUUGCGGAGUAGGGCAGUAACCAACCAGUAGCAGCUGCCACCUUUGAACUCACAGCUAUCCCCGCCAGGUGGGAAGAAAUCUGGAGUGCUCAAGGAAGUUCUAAGAGUCCUGAGAUCCUAGGAGCAGAGCCUCUUGUGUUUCCCACCCAGAUCCCUCACAGUUUACCCAAGGCAUAAAGUGAGCUGAAAAGUUCUCCAUCUCUCCCAGAGAUCAGAGCAACUUACUGAUCCUUAACAACCCCAGUUCUGUUCUUAUUUAGCAUGAGCCCAAAUGAUCCGGGGUUGUGGGGGAUGAUUAGAAUCCUUGAGCUUGGCAAACGCACCCACUCCAGAUCUGCAACAGUCAAAUUAUAUGAAGUUUUAUUUCUAGUAGAAAAAGGAAAGAAGAAGGCAGUUGGACAAAACAAAAUACUGAAAAAAAGGAACUCUGUGGCUCAAACCUGAUUGAUCCUAAACGACCUCACUUGCAACACAGUGCUCUGGCCCUAAAAGGGAAUUUUCAGAGUGAGGGUAUGCUAGAAACCUCACAAGGGUCAGAGGAAGCUACUUUUUGCUGGUAUAAAUAGUCCCUAGGGUCCCCCAUCUCAUUGCUAGACAGCCUGUAAUUUGUGGAUUCAGAGGUUUGGCAGGGAUUAUUUUUCUCACGUAGAAAAUAGAGGGCAGGCCAGUUCUUGCUCAGGCUUAAUGGAGGGCGAGAAUUGCCCUGCCUCAUGAAAACGGAGAGGCAAGAGAACAGACUUUUAACAGCAUUUCAGGAGAUGUAAAAACAGCAUAACAUGCAUCUUCACACACAUUUAUGUAGAUGGUUUCUGCAACUUGCAGAUUCCUUUUCAGUAGGUUAUCUUUGAAAACAAACAGUUGAUACCUAACUAGUCAAAACAAGUCCUGCUUGCAGUUUCUGAACACAGAAUGCCUCCAGAUAUGUCAUUGGCUUUAGCCUUGUACAAUAUUUUGGAUAUCUGGCUAAUUGGUUUUGUUUGGUUAUGAGCCCUUGUCUCUAGCAGCCAAGUACAAUAUAUGCAGAAUGCACUUUAGUCAUAUAAAUUACAUAUGCACUUCUUUUAAAAAAACUGACUUUUUCUUCCCUGCAGCUUAAGUUGAAAAUCGUUUUCUACCCAGAUUUUGUUUGAGACACAAUGUGAGGGCUCUUUCUUAAUAUGUUGAGUGUCAUACUUUUAUCUGUACAUUUUCCUGUUCUCUUUUACGUUUUAAUCUCUCUCUUGUCAUUUAUGUUGUAAUUAUUUUCCACAUCCUAUUUUCCCCCCUUUUUCUUUUAUUGUGUGACUGGAUCUGGUCGUCUCCAGUAGAUACAGACUAUGGGUGUGUGAAAAAAUCUCCAGGUCCCUGGAAGAUUUCUGAUUUAGACAUUAUAGUGGAUCCUAUUCUGUCACCUCCCUCUCUUCAGUCUGCUGUUCACAAUAUCAUCCAUUCAGCUUCUACUCUUUCUGAGAUCCUGCACUGUGAGUCUGUAGAAGAUCUUUGGCAAGCUAAGAAAUCCCAUUUUUAAUAUGGUCAUCUGAGCUUUGGCACACAGAUGCAUAUUAAACAGGAAUUUUUAGAACUGUGUCUAUAUAUUGUCAAUAGAAGCAUGUUUGUGUGUUUCAUUGUUUUCUGGGUAUUUCGCAAGUGAACAAAUCUAAAAUGCUCUCCUUCCUGUAUCUAGAAAAAGCAGAAUACUCAGCUAGCAAAUAAUUAACUAUGCUGGUACCUUGAGUCAAGAAAGUUCACAUAGGGUCACAUUGUAUAUAUUUUGACAUAAGCAGGUACUGUUUUUUGUGUUCUCUAGUCUUGUUCUUAGGUGGUUUACUUUGUGGCUGUGGACAGGUUACUUAGGUUGUGAUCCUGUACUCAUGUACCUGAAAGUAAGUCCCAUUGAACUCAGUGGGGCUUUUUUGAGUAAACAUAUAUAGGCUCACAGGACGCGGGUGGCGCUGUGGUCUAAACCACUGAGCCUAGGGCUUGCUGAAUCCCCGUGAUGGGGUGAGCUCGGUCCUAGCUUCUGCCUACCUAGCAGUUUGAAAGCACGUCAAAGUGCAAGUAGAUAUAUAGGUACCACUCCGACGAGAAGGUAAAUGGCGUUUUCGUGCGCUGCUCUGGUUUUGCCAGAAGUGGCAUAGUCAUGCUGGCUACAUGACCUGGAAAAACUGUCUGCAGACAAACGUCAGCUCCCUCGGCCAGUAAAGCGAGAUGAGUGCUGCAACCCCAGAGUUGCGACUGGACUUAACUGUCAGGGGUCCUUUUUAUACAGGCUCACAUCAUCAGUCUGCAAUCCUAAACACACCUACUAAUGAAUAAAUUCCAUGGAACACAGUGGAACUUAUUUAUAAGUGCACAGAUUCCACUGAAAUUGAACUUCACUACCACUUAGUUUUCAUCUUCUUAAUGCAGGGGUGGGGGGGGAAAGAAGGUCACUUUAACCGCCAGUCAACUGAUGGGUAGUUACAGGAACUGACACUGGUAGUUACAAAAACUGCUGAUUGUCACUGGGAGCGGACCAUCAAAGGGACUCUCUUUGAUUUUCAGUCAGCUGUUGAAUUCUGAAUAGUUUAACGAGCGAGUUGGUGGGGCAGUUUUGAAACAGAAACAGAAAUAAAAUGAAGUGUGCAUGUUCCGCUGUGGACCCCAGGGUUCCAAGAAUCAUACAAAUAAUUCUGCAUGCUCAAGGUGGCUUUGGUAUUGUUUUCUUGAACAGCAGACCCCCCCCCCCAUGCCAUGCAGCAAGGCAUGUUUUAAACCAAAGGCAAUUUCAAAAGCAGUUUGUUAUUUAGCACUGGGCAGUGUGUGUGUGUGUGUGUGUGUGUGUGUGUGUGUGUGAGAGAGAGAGAGAGAGAGAGAGAGAGAGAGAGAUUAUGGGGGGUGGGGACCAGACCUCUCAGGCACACUAUUUCAUGAAAUAGCCUCUUAGAAAAAAAUAGAGCGAGUUUUGUGCCAAAUGUUUAUUUUCAGAUUAAAUGCUUUAUUUCUGCUUGCUACUAACUGUACCAAGUGUUUCAAAUCAGGCCUCUUAUCUCUGGUUACAACUUUUAUAUAAUACUGGGUUCUUGCUGUUCUUGAAAUUAUGAAAAUUGAGAUGCACAAAUUGGAAACCUUGUUACAAAAGAAGGUUUUCACGGCAUGUAUGAGAAAGAGCAUUUUUUUGUUCUAAGAGUAACCAUUACUAUAUACAAAUUUCAUUAAAAGUUAAUUCAGAAAGUUGGCAUCCUCUUCAGGUGCUGUUUUGCUUCAAAAAAUUUUUAAAAAAACAUUGUUUUAGCUUCUGGGUUUGUGUCAAAGUAUUCUGAUAUUCAAAGUCAAUUUCUCGCUUGAAGAGGAUACAUGAAAUGCAUGGAUACAAACCAGUACUUCCAUAGCCACCAUACUAGUUUCUCCUAUCCCCAUACAAAACUGGGAAAAUAACACAUGAGCAGCAGAUCCAUCUGGUUCCCAGUGCAUUUGCUUGACUGCUGUGCUUAUGAAUAUGGCAUGCAUUUGCUCAACUGGGUUGGGUUUUUUCAUAUAAUCUAUAUCAAAGUUCACAUUUAGAAAGUUUCUUCUUAUUUUCCAGGUGGGCAUGAUGUCGGGGUGUGUUGGGGAGAUAAUAUCUUCACUUGACUUUCUGAUUCUUUGUACUACCCCAGAUGAUGAUAAUAGAAGGUCAUGGACAGUGUCAGAUCUUGAUGUUGGCCCUGAAGGCAGCUCUUCGUGGCAUUCAGGAAACAAAAAACAGCAGUUUAUGAACUGUAUGUUGCAAACCACAAUGCAUUCUCAGUGAUCUUAAUUCUAAUCAGAAAUCAAAAGGCAUCUUUACAUUAAGAUAAUGAAUUAUCUUUCAGCACAAUACAUCUGUAGAAUUCAGUUUGAAUUGAAAUGGAAUGUUUAGUGUUAAUGUAUUUUAUUAUAAUUUUCCCAUCCUGUGGGCUCAGACCAACUUACAGAAAUGCAUGGGUGAUAUCCAGUUGUGAGAAUGUUUAUUGUGCGGCCUUUUCUAGAGCCAGCAGAAAUCUAUGAAUGUAUCCCUAAAAUAAUGAAAUCUCACUAAACUCAAAACAGUACUCAGAGCUCUAAACAGGUUACCAGUCACUUCUUUGGCCUUAUGUAUAAGCUUGUGAUUUAAUAUGCUUUAUUGCAUAUAUGCUUUAUCGGUCUUGGCCACCUUCGGGACCUAGUACAGAUAGGCUGGGUAGAAAUUUAAUAAUAAAAUACAUUAAUAAACAUUAUUUUAGAUUAAACACAUUUAACUGAUUGUUGGCAUCUCUAAUCGUACUCUGAUUUUCUUAAUCUGAAUUAUUCUGCACUAUCUUCCAUUCACAAUUUCAUAUUCUCUUUAUACAAAUGUGUGGGCAUCAGUAACCAUUUAAUAAACAUUUUCCUUUGUUGCCAGCUAACGAGGGAACCUGGUCAGCAGUUAAGCAGAGUCCUGUUCCUGUGGUGAAGCCGCCCCAAAUCUCCAAUGCAGACUGGAAGGAAUCAAGCAUGGAUGCUGGUUUAAAACAAGGAACGAUAUCAAGUCAGCCUUUGUCUUCUUCAUUAGGAAGUACUGAUAAGCUGGUGAGUUUUUAUCACUUCUACCCCCAUCCCCUUGCUGCAUACAGUAUCAAAAAUUCAUGGUGUUUUGCAUGUUUGUGUACAACAUUUCUGUAUGUGCUAUGGGCCUCUCUGGCAAGAUUUUGUGUACUUCAUCCAUGAGAUAUGUGUUAAAAAGGGAUUUGUUUUCUAUACAGGAUAGAAGAACAGCCUUCUCAGCUUUUCAGACACUUCUUCUGUUUUCCCCUCCACAGGGUCUUGAUAUAGGGAAAGUACCACCUACGAUCCCUGGCGCAAGUAAGCAGUUGCCCCAGAACUAUGGGACCUACCCAAGCUCCAUUCCAUUGGGAACAGGUUCUACCAAUUCCCUUGAAAGGCGAAAAGAUGGCAGCCUCCCAAGACCAGGCUCUACAGCAGCAAGCCGGCAAAGACCUGUUCCGUUACCACCAGCAAGCAGCGUUCAUCAGCCAAGCUCCUCGCAACAAAUACAGCAGAGAAUAUCUGUGCCUCCAAGCCCCACAUAUCAACCUUCUGGCGCCCCAUUAUUUCCAGGUGGCGAUGGCAGGCCUGAUCUCCCCUUAACUGUGGCCAUCAGGCCUUUCUUAGCUGACAAAGGCUCAAGGCCCCAGUCUCCCAGGAAAGGGCCCCAAACCGUGAACUCCAGUUCCAUCUAUUCCAUGUACCUUCAGCAAGCGACGCCACCAAAGAACUAUCAACAGGCUGUAUACAAUACCCUGAACAAGUCCGUUAAAGCAGGUAGAAUAAUUUGAUGUUGCAUAUCUCUUCUGUUUAAGAGCUGCUCGAUACUUACAGGAGUUAAAUUAGGUUUGAUGUAAAUUAGAUCUUUGCUUUAAAAAAGUGCUGUUUCUUUCAAAUGGCAGAAAAGAGCUUGGGCAUUCUGCUAACCCAGGAUUUCUUUACAAAUGACUGUACAUUACAGGUUUGCAGCAUUGCAUCUAAUUGGGAGGCAGUAGCUUUCAGAAGUGGGUUAUGCUUUGCUACAAAUCUAAAAUUGGGGCUUGUGCUCUCCCUCUCUCUACAUCGUGACUAGUCUGAGGUGCUGAACAAUAUUUGCUUCACUUUAAAGACAGUUGUUAAGGGGACUUAUUUGAACUGGUUGGGGUGGAGCUGCAAAGCUAGAUUCUCAGCAUGUUUGUCACUGCUGCUUACCAAGAAGGAGAGGGGUGAGGCGUUAAAGUCAGUGCAGUGCAUACACACUGGAGAGCUAAUUCAUUGUUCCCGCCAGUGCACCCAUAUUGCGCAGACCUCUCCCCUUUCCUUCUCUCUAAUUGGCAGUGACAUACCUGCUGGGGAAAUAGUGAUGUGAUUCUGUCACACCUGAUGAGCCACUUCUGCAGCCAUCUCAAGGAUUACUUUAGGGGCCUGUUUUAUUGAAUGAGUUGUUUCCAACUAAUCUCAACUCACUGAAAUUAGUGAACCUGAGAUAGCCCUGUUCAUUAAUUUCAGUGGGUCUACUCUGAGUAGGACUAACAUCGACUACAACCCAAUAUUUACAUGAGUGAUUGUAAGUUAACACUAGGUUUAUUAGCAUUUCCAGAAGAGACAAGGAGGUAUUAAUAUAAUGCUAAAAGACAUAAUAAUAAUAAUAAUAAUAAUAAUAAUAAUAAUAAUAAUAAUAAUUUAUUAUUUGUACCCCGCCCAUCUGGCUGGGUUUCCCCAGCCACUCUGGACGGCUUCCAACAAAGAUAAAAAAUACACUAAAAUGUCACAUAUUAAAAACUUCCCUGAACAGGGCUGCCUUCAGAUGUCUUCUGAAUAUCAGGUAGUUGUUUAUCGCUUUGACAUCUGAUGGGAGGGCGUUCCACAGGGCGGGCACCACUACCGAGAAGGCCCUCUGCCUGGUUCCCUGUAACUUGGCCUCUCGCAGUGAGGGAACCGCCAGAAGGCCCUCGGAGCUGGACCUCAGUGUCCGGGCAGAACUAUGGGGGUGGAGAUGCUCCUUCAGAUAUACUGGACCCAGGCCGUUUAGGGCUUUAAAGGUCAGCACCAACACUUUGAAUUGUGCUUGGAAACGUACUGGGAGCCAAUGUAGGUCUUUCAAGACCGGUGUUAUAUGGUCUCGGCGUCCGCUCCCAGUCACCAGUCUAGCUGCCGCAUUCUGGAUUAGUUGUAGUUUCUGGGUCACCUUCAAAGGUAGCCCCAUGUAGAGCGCAUUGCAGUAGUCCAAGCGGGAGAUAACCAGAGCAUGCACAACUCUGGCGAGACAGUCUGCAGGCAGAUAGGGUCUCAGCCUACGUACCAGAUGGAGCUGGUAAACAGCUGCCCUGGAUACAGAUUUGACCUGUGCCUCCAUGGACAGCUGUGAGUCCAAAAUGACUCCCAGGCUGCGCACCUGGUCCUUCAGGGGCACAGUUACCCCAUUCAGGACCAGGGAAUCCUCCACACCUGCCCGCCUCCUGUCCCCCAAAAACAGUACUUCUGUCUUGUCAGGAUUCAACCUCAAUCUGUUAGCCGCCAUCCAUCCUCCAACCGCCUCCAGACACUCACACAGGACCUUCACCGCCUUCACUGGUUCUGAUUUAAAAGAGAGGUAGAGCUGGGUAUCAUCCGCAUACUGAUGAACACCCAGCCCAAACCUCCUGAUGAUCUCUCCCAGUGGCUGCAUGUAAAUGUUGAAAAGCAUGGGGAGAGGACGGAACCCUGAGGCACCCCACAGAGUGAGAGCCCAGGGGUCUGAACACUCAUCCCCAGCACCACUUUCUGAACACGGCCCAGGAGGAAGGAGCGGAACCACUGUAUGACAGUGCCCCCAGCUCCCAGCCCCUCAAGACGGUCCAGAAGGAUGUUAUGGUCGAUGGUAUCAAACGCCGCUGAGAGAUCCAGCAGAACUAGGAAACAGCUCUCACCUUUGUCCCUAGCCCGCCGGAGAUCAUCAACCAGUGCGACCAAGGCAGUUUCAGUCCCAUGAUGAGGCCUGAAUCCCGACUGGAAGGGAUCCAAAUGGUCCGCUUCUUCCAGGCGUGCCUGGAGUUGUUCAGCAACCACUCGCUCAAUCACCUUGCCCAAGAAUGGAAGAUUUGAGACUGGGCGAUAAUUGGCCAUUGUGGCCGCAUCUAAAAAUGGUUUUUUAAGAAGCGGUUUAAUAACCGCCUCUUUCAGCGGGUCUGGGAAGGCUCCCUCACGGAGGGAAGCAUUCACCACCCCACGAAGCCCAUCGCCCAGUCCUUCCCGGCUAGCUUUUAUAAGCCAGGAUGGGCAAGGAUCCAGGAGACAGGUGGUUGGCUUCACUCGUCCAAGCAGCCUGUCCACAUCCUCGGAGGUAACAGAUUGGAAUUGAUCCCACGCAACUUGACUAGACAGGACUCUAGCACUCUCCCGCCCUGGCCCUGCUCCCACGGUGAAGUCUACUUCUUACCGAAUCUGAGCGAUUUUAUCUGCAAAAAACUUUGCAAAAUCAUUGCAGGAGAUCAUAUGGCCCGUACUGGGCCCUGAUGUCGCAGGUGGUUCUGCUAAAUUGUGAACCACCUGAAAAAGUCUCCUGCUGCUGUUUUCUGCAGAUGCAAUAGAGGCAUCUCUCUGGAAACCAUUUGGAUCCAUUAAGUGGCGGGGGCGGACCAUCCGAAUUGGUCCCACCUCCCUGCAGAGGGGAUGGGUCGCAGAGAAGUCCAGUUGCACCAGGAAGUGAUCUGACCAUGGCACUUCUUUCGUUUCGCUUUUACUUAGUGUCAGAUCACCAACAUCCAUAGAGGUAAACACCAGGUCCAAGGCAUGUCCGCGGCUAUGGGUUGGGCCAGACUUAUUCAGGGACAGCCCCAUGGAGGCCAUGCUUUCCACGAAGUCCCGAGCGGCCCCUUGUAAGGUCGUGUCGGCAUGGAUGUUAAAAUCCCCUAGGACAACCAAGCUAGGUGUCUCCAGGAGAACAUCCGCCACAACCUGAAGCAGCUUGGGCAGGGAAUCCUUGGUGCAGCGGGGAGGUUGGUACACCAAAAGGAAUCCUGUACUGCCCCUAUUGCCCAACUUCCAGGACAUAGGAUUAAAACCCACUUGACCUGUCUAGUCACAAUGUGAGAGGGAAUAUGAUUGACCUCUGCAAACAUUAGAGGGGACUAGUGAGGGAUUUACAUUCUAUGCAUUUAUGUUGAAAAUUACUGUUGAUAAGAGAACUAAGAACUGUCAACUCGCCACUAAUAACUUCAUGUUGGAAAUGGAUAAAGGCAACAAAAUGGUGAAAUAUCUUGUAUUCUUUCUUGAAGCCAUGGAUGUCCUCAACUGUAUUUGAGAUAUCAUAACAGAAGGUUGUUUUUCAUUUCACAGCAGUUUGAUGUCACUGUAUCUGUAGCUUAGUGGGCACCUUUGGUGUGCUACUCCUUGUUCUCUUUUGCUUGCUAUUUAAAGCACAUCAUAUCUAUAUUUCAUAAAGGGGCUGACUUGCAAGGAAUGCUACACAUUAGAGAUGUUUAGGCUUUUUAGUGCUGUAUGUCCUUCCUUUUUUAGAUAUCUAUACCCAAGAACCAUGACCUCCCUUCCAAAUCUUCCCCACUUUUAUGACUGCUUUAUAACUGCAUGAAAAUGUCCAUAAUUGUUAGAAAGAUGAGUUGCUUUUAAGUAGUUUCCUUAUGCAUUUGAAGCUACAAAAUUGACAACUGUCACCAUUAAUUUUUAUAUGAUUUUUAAAACAACAAACAACACUUCUGAGAAGUUAUUCCAUGUUGAUUUAGACCCAUCCCUAACUGCUACUUUUUCUUCUCAGUUUAUGGGAAGCCUGUUGUACAGUCCGGUUCGACUUCCCCUUCGCCGUUGCCAUUCCUUCACAGCUCUUUGCCUGCCAAUCCAUCACAGCCUCAACCUCCCAACGAGUAUAGUGAAAAAGAUCAAGAACUGGAAAACACCCCACCCUCUGGUGAUAACAGCAACGUAGAAAAUAUCCCUCGCCCCCUCAGCCCCACCAAGCUCACGCCCAUCGUGCAUUCGCCCCUUCGCUACCAAAGUGAUGCCGAUUUGGAAGCCCUUCGCAGGAAACUCGCCAAUGCUCCCAGGCCCUUGAAGAAGCGGAGUUCCAUCACUGAACCAGAAGGCCCCAGUGGGCCAAACAUUCAGAAGCUAUUGUACCAGCGCUUUAAUACCCUGGCCGGAGGAAUAGAAGGUGCCCCUUUUUAUCAGCCAAGCAACUCACAGGACUUCAUAGGCACCUUGGCAGAUGUUGACAAUGGGAACACAAACACCAAUGGCAAUAUUGAGGAGCCCGUAGCUGUGCCCCCGACAGCUCCUCUUCCUGAUGAGCCUUCAUCAGAUGCCAAUGAUAACGAACUACCUUCUCCUGCAACUGAGGAGUUGAUCAGCGAAGAGAACACAAAUCAAAUGCCCGAGACAACGGAGGAUGAUAACAACAACAACAACCCUGCUAUAGCCCCUUCUAUUGAGCGGCCACCUAGUCCAACCCCCGAGGCAGAAUCCCCAGAAGAAGAGGAAAUGCAGCCGCCACCUGCUCUUCCUCCUCCUCCACUUCCUGCGGUAAGAUACUGUGCCAAAACCAGUGUGAUCUGGGGGAGGGGGGGCAUAAGCAGUGCUAUGCCACAUCGUGGAAUCUGCAAAACUUUGAAUCCAAUUUAGGUUGAGUGUGUACAGUGAGUCCAACCCCCCCCCCCCAUAAAACUUUCUUAGUAUUUUCUAAAUUUUUCCCAAACAAAUGGCCAAUAAGUCUAACCUAUGUCUUGGAUGUAGGACAAAAGUGUUACUUAGGGCAAGUCAGGCAAGUACAGAAGUGAGAUUUGACUGUGCUGCAAUGUGUAUUUUGGUGAAGUGCACUUUGAUCCAGGUCUGAACAAUUUGUGACCCACCAAGCUGAAAGCAGUGUAACAGUCACAGUGUGAUCUGCCAAGUUCUUGAUAACCUUGGUUUUGAAUUCCCAGGCAGGCAGACAAAACAAAAGGUUCAUCAAGCUGCCGGUGGCUCCAUUUAGCUUAAAGUUGUGCAGGUCUGUCUUUUAAGGCCUUGGUCCUCAGUCAGUGGGUUAGGAUCAUGCCACCUGCACCAAACAUUUUUAAGUAAAAGGGAGAGAGCAGGACAUGUACAGUUAAAAGCCGGAUCUUGGGUCUGAAAAUAUUAAAGACUGUUGUCCUAUGGGAAUACACCAAGCGGGCUCCCUUUCAGUUACAUUAGGAAAACAAGUGGUGGUGAUUAUCUAGAUAUUAUGUGCAUUAAAGAAAAGCUAGAGACAAAGUUGGGGUAGUUCUCCUGUUUCUACUAGUUCCAGAAAACAAAAGUUUAAAACAGGAUAAAUUUCUCUAUGAUAGAAUGCAGUUCAAAGUGUUCUGAUACUGAUGCAGUUUGAAACUCAGGGUUGCCUUUUUACUCAGACCAAAAGGACCAACCUGAAGAAACCCAAUUCGGAGAGAACUGGCCACAGCUUGAGGGUCAAGUUCAAUCCCUUGGCUUUGCUGCUGGAUGCCUCUUUGGAGGGAGAGUUUGACCUGGUGCAAAGGAUCAUAUAUGAGGUAAACUUGGAAAUAUUGUUACUCACCUAUGUUAUGUUUUGAUGGUGGAAAAUAUUUAAGUUCAUGCAGUCAGUCCUUGUUUUCCCCCAACUUAGGUGGAUGACCCCAGCAAACCUAAUGAUGAAGGAAUCACUCCUCUGCACAAUGCAGUGUGUGCUGGCCAUCAUCACAUAGUUAAGUUCCUGUUGGAUUUUGGUGUCAAUGUGAAUGCAGCAGACAGUGAUGGAUGGUAAGAGACCAAGUGGAGCACACACAAAAGCUAGAAACCGGUUACUAGUGCAAAUCCAUCUUCACAGGAAUGAGGGCACGUUUUGUCUCACCUGACAUUGAGUCUUUUGCUUUGUUUUCAGGACUCCUUUGCACUGUGCUGCCUCUUGCAACAGCGUUCAUCUCUGCAAGCUACUUGUUGAAUCUGGAGCUGCAAUUUUUGCUUCAACCAUAAGUGACAUAGAAACUGCGGCAGACAAGUGUGAGGAAAUGGAAGAAGGUUAUAUUCAGUGUUCCCAGUUUCUGUAUGGUAAGUUUCAGGUUUUGUAACUUGAGAUUUCAGAACUUUGCUUGAAUUUGUCAUUCCUCACUUGUUCCAGGAUCUAGAAGUAUGGCAUUGCUUAUUUUACAAUGAAAAGUGUGUAUUCGAUUUCGUGUGAAGAUUUAUGCAGCACCUUUCAGCCAGCUGAUCCUCAAGGCAGCUUACAGCAGAUUCCAAGUACACCAAAACAACAAUAAUGUUAGAAUACCGACUGUUGUUGUGGAGAGGCAAAUGAGGUAUCAAAUUAAGAAUGUGUGACAUACACCGUGUGGCCAGUUUGCUCACUAAAUCAGAUGAUAAAGGGGUGGAAACUAAGGUAAUACAGGUUGUAUUCUUCAUUGAUUUGAGGAAUUCUGUGUGCUGUUAGUGGGAACACUGUGUAUGUGAGUGGGUAGAAGAGGAGAAGGCGUUAGACACAAACACAUCUUCAAAUGUUCCCAUGUCUGGCUUUAGGAAAUGACUGCCUUUCUCACCAUGAGCUGUGACUCAUAUUUAGCCUGCUUUGGAGCAGAAACAGCUGUGCCACAAAAGGACAGUUAGAGCAGUUCUAGUAGGAUCCAGAAUGUAGCAGCCUACCUACGAAGGCCUUUCCCGGCUACAGAAUGUCCAGAAACAUGCACUUGCCAUACUGAAUAAUAAAGGAAGGGAUAAUUAUUUCCUGUUGACUGUGCUUAAGUGAGUGCAAUGUAAAUUACUGCUUGAGCUGCUGUAGCUUAAGCCAAGUCAUAAAAUUCAGCCACCAAAACAUGUUCACAACCAUUCAGAGCUUUGUGCCUAUUGGCUUUGCCAGUUUCCAUUUCCCAUGGGACAUGUGUUUCUACAAACCUCGGACAAAAUGGCCAACCUCAUAUUAGUGCUAGUAGAGUGAGGUACUCAGAACAGAUAUAUAAUGGGGCAUAAUAGGGAUGCAAGUGGUGCUGUGGUCUAAACCAUUGAACCUCUUGGGCCUCCCAACCUUUAUUACCUUAUAAUGGAGUAUAACACUUACUGGUGUAAUCUCCUAGAACUAGUUGCAGGGUGCUUCUUUUGCCUUUCCCCAUGACAAAACCACCUGUCUCUAGAAAUCAGGCCUUAUGACUGUGGUGGGAUUUGAUAAGAACCCUACACCGCCUCUGGUCCAUGUCAAUUUCACAUGUGUGUAUUUAUGUCUGGUCCAUCUUGUUUUCAUAACUCUUCAUAUUUUAUCCUGGUGUACACAUUUUAAGUGUUUUAUCCAAAAAUAUGCACUUAAAAAUGACUGUUGGUACUUUCAUUGAGUUGCGGAUUGCAUCACAGAAUCUGGAGAAGUGUGAAAUCUAUCCAUACAUUAAUCUGGAAGGUGCAAAUUAGGUCAGUUUGCACAAAAAUGCAGACCAAACAGAAUUCUCCUCCCUCACUACAAUUGUAUUACACAUUGUAUUACAUUUCCAUGCUGCAUGAGAGCCAGGGGCGCCAUGAUUGCAGUAUCCAUUUUCCAAAUAGUGGUUAUUGCUUAUUCAUGUUAGGUUAAUGUAGUUGUUUCUUGGUCAUAGGCGUGCAGGAGAAACUGGGAGUAAUGAACAAAGGCAUUGUGUAUGCGUUGUGGGAUUAUGAAGCUCAGAACAACGAUGAGUUGUCAUUCCAUGAAGGAGAUGCAAUUACCAUUUUGAGGCGCAAAGAUGACAAUGAGACAGACUGGUGGUGGGCUCGUCUCAAUGACAAGGAAGGCUACGUGCCUAAAAAUCUCUUGGGGGUAAGUCUUGCACGCUCUUCCUAAUUCCAGCACAAUACAGUGCUUUUCAGAAAUCCUCCAGAUUGCUCAAUUAUGAAUGAUUAAGGCAGGGGUACUGGUUUAUUUGGAAGAAAGUUCUUCCUGAACUGUACCACUGCAGGUUCAAGUACAGACCAAGAACAGUAAAAAAAAAAGGGGGGGAGGAGCUGGUCAUUUUAAUCUCCACAGGUAGAGUUGCAGACCUCAGAAUAACUCUUUUUAAGGUGGUGAAUCACGUGGAAUGUAUAGAAUAUGGGAUAGUCAAACAGGGUUCAUAGAGAAAUUUAACUAAUAAACUGGGGCUCAACAGAAAUUAUCAUACUUUUCUGCAUAUAGGACUGUUUUUUUACUCUAAAAUAAUGUUCAAAAUCUGGGCUCUUCUUAUACACAGAUAGUAUCUCUCCCCAUUUUCUCCCCAAAAAUAUACAUGGGGGCAUCUUGUAGAUGGAAAAAUACUGUAGUUUUCUUUGUUGAAUUCCUCCCAGAUUAUUUAUAAUGUACAUUGUGCUGUUACAAACUUUCUGUCAGCACAGCAUUUCUGCUUGCUUGAUGGAACAAUCUCCCCUCCCCUGCUGUUCUGGUAACUCCUACACACCCCAAUAUUCUGUGUUGCUUCUGACACCCAUAAUUUCCAGUUACUAGUACAGUUCUCAAGAGUGCAGCUUUGUCUUCUUAAACACAAUACUAAGCUGCAAGCCUCUAUGAAAGGAGACAGGAUGUUGAACAGGAUGCUGUUUGGGCCUUCCCUAUACAUGCCAAAGACUUACUUGUGGUGGGCCCAAGCACUCAACAAGCAAAAAGCAAGAAACCUCCACAGAGUGGGUAUGGAUCUGAAUUGGAAGACAGUGGGCUUUUGGCCCUAAACAAAUCUGAAAGCAAACUCAAAUGAUGGCAGUGGAAUUUGCUUCCAAAUUUGUGUGUUAAGUUCAGAAUGCUACUAUUAGUCCAAAGCUUGAAACAAUGUGGAACAACCAGUCUUCAAGAGAAUCAUUUUCUAAUACAAGGGUUUGAACAGUUAAAAUUACUAAUGUUCCCAUUUAGAACUGAUUAUUGCUAUUGUUGUAAAUUGUGAAGCAUCAGCCUAAAGCACCUUUUCAACAGCUCAGUUGAAAAGAUUCUAGCAGAAAUAAAGGGAAAUGGAACUAAUAUGUAUGAUGCUGUCGAAUUGUUCUGCUUAAAAGUUGCUUUUAAUGCAGUGGUAGAGUUGUAAAAACUAAUAUGCUUUAUAAUUUGCUAAAUAAUAAUUUUAAAUCUUGUUUUAUUGCAGUUAUAUCCAAGAAUAAAACCUAGGCAACGAACUCUUGCCUGA